GAGCAACGCCGACGCCGCCACUGCCACUGCCAGGAGCCGGCGGGCCGGACGGCGAAGCGGCGCCCCGCAGGCCAGGCCCGCUCGGAGGCGCCCGGCCCGAGCCUCCCUCCAUGCCGGCCCCGCCCAGCCCCGCUCCUCCCUCCCUCGACCCCCGAGGCGGGUAGGCAGGGGGCUGCGCUCGCGUCCCCCGCGCCUCGGUCGCGCCGGGCCUGGCUCCUUCCGGAGCCCCCGUAAGGCUGCGGUGAGGCUCCCCGCGCUCCUGCCGCGCGCUCCCGGGCCCCUCAGCUGUCCCCCCCCUCUGCUCCGCCUGUGGGCCAGGCCUGAGCGGUGCUGGAGAAAGGCCCCCCUCCCGGGCCAGCUGCCCCCAUUCCGCGCCCUCUGUGCCAGUUCACAGCUGCUCAGGCUGCUCUGGGCUUGACAGCCCCGUUUAUGGAUCAUCUCUGGCAGAUUUCGAGGUGAAACUGAUGCGUGUCUCCCCACCCAUUGUUCCCUUCAGCAACACCCAGUCCUUGGGGGAAGCAAGAAAAGGGCUUCCAUGCCCGCCCAUGCCCAGUUGCGCAGAGCUGCAGGCCGCUGGCACCGGAGCCUUCAUUGCCUAGCCGGGGCUUUGUGAGGUCACACUCACAUUCCAGGUUCUGAGGAAACAAACGCCUCUACUGCUCAUCGCUGCUCCUGCCAAAGCAAGACCAAGGAAGAGCACCUGUUCUUCUGCCAGGCUUCCCACCCCACUGCCCUAGCAUAGUACUGCCUUCGGCCGCUCACAUUCUUGGCACUUCUCUUGUGGCACUUCAGGUGUCCCAUAUUUUCCUAGGAAAUUCAUCACCUGGUGUAGCACAUGUUGCCCUGUUACGGUCACACCCCCUGCCCUGAUCUUACCCAAAAGGAAUUACCUGUUUUGUACUACUUGCUUUGCCAGGCAAAACAGUCUUCACCCUUGGCCAGUUGUCUGACAGCCUUCAAGCUGCCUUUUUCUACUGCCUUGUUCUUGACACUCCAUUGAAGUGAGCACAAGCCCUACUUCCUGUGCUGGAAGUAACGUGCCUUUAGCCCCACACCAAGUCUCCAAGCCCAAGUUCAUGGGCUUUGAAGAUGGCCUCAGAAGCAGUGAAAGUGAUUGUGCGUUGCCGCCCUUUGAAUGAGCGUGAAAAGCAGCUGGGCUGCAAGGUGGUGCUCAACAUGGACAGCUCCUGUGGCCAGUGCUUUAUCCAGAACCCUAUGGCAUCAGAAGACCCACCCAAACAGUUCACCUUUGAUGGGGCGUAUAGCAUGAGCCACAACACAGAGCAAAUCUAUAAUGAAAUUGCCUACCCCCUCAUAGAGGUGAGUGCAACCAGCUGCAGAUAUUGCGUUUUCAAGCGCUCUGGCUUCCGUCGUGGUGUUCCAUUGCACCAGAAGCAGAUCCAGAAAGCUGUCUGGGUCCUUUACCUAUUGGGAAAUCUACAGCUCAGUGAUAUAAAUGUCACAUACUGUACUUAAGUGUGUGCGUUCAUACUUUGCUUACCCUAGGGAAGUGGGCAACUUAAAGCAGGUACUGGAGCAGAAAAAAUCUGUAUCAAUGGCCUUAAUUUUUUCAGACUUAGGGCCCUCAUUUCAUGUUAACCUGCUCAAAACAAAAUUACAGAGCAAGCCGAUGCAUGACCUCAGAAGGUGAUGCAGUCUCCUUCAUUGAAGGUUUUUAAGCAGAGUUUGGGUAGUCAUCUGUCAGGAAUGCUUGAGUUGAGAUUCCUGCACUACAGGGGGUUGGACUAGAUGACCCCUUGGGUCCCUUCCAGCUCUACAAUGCUAUGAUUCUAUGACUACCAAGAAGUAAAUCCAAUUCAAAGGGACAUACCUCAGGAAAGAGUGCAGUAUGUAGUUAUAAUAAUAUAUCACACACACUUUUCAAUUUCCUCUCCCCCCGCCCUCUUUCUCCUGUAGAUGAUGAUGGGCCCUGUGUUAGAUCAGAUUGCAAUUCAGCUGUGGCAUGGUUGAAGACUGAUGGUUAUCUAUUGGGGUGGGGAGUCUCUGGUCUUCCACAUGUUGUUGCACUCUAUUAGCAUAGUAAGUGAUGAGGGAUGAUGGGAAUUGAAGUUCCCUGCUGAUCUAUAGGACAAUAUGUAUGAAAGACUAUUCUGCCUACACAGAAUUCAUCACAGAAUUCAUUGCAGAAUUUGCAAGUAGCAGUAACUCUAACUUCUGUAAGUCCUGGGCUAUGGAGCCCCUACAUCCAUGCUAUCUCGUAUCCAAUUCUUUUUGAAACACUCCCAGAGAUGCUUGCUUAUUCUAAUUAAAUAUUUGAGUGGAUCUUAAUAGAAGCUGAUGCUUGUGGUUAGUUUGCCUGCAAACAAAAUCUCUUGAGGAAGGGUAGACAUUGAACUGAGAACACAAAUCCAAGCUGAUGGUUAUUAUUAAUCUGCAUUUUCUGUUUAAAUUCCAGGGUGUUACAGAAGGCUAUAAUGGUACCAUCUUUGCCUAUGGGCAGACGGGAAGUGGGAAGUCUUUUACCAUGCAAGGGAUUCUGGAUCCAUCUUCCCAGAAGGGCAUAAUUCCCAGAGCAUUUGAACACUUAUUUGAGAGUGUGCAGGUACAUAUGAUUAAAAUUGUCCAAUGGACUAGCUGGCUAAGGGCUUGUUUACACAAUUAGCAAUUCUGAUAUCUAGAGGGCCUCUCUUUGGACACUUGAUUUGAUAAAAUUUGAACCUUAGCUGUCUUGGGAAAACUGAUAAGCAAGGUACACUUGUAUAGGGGACAAAUAAAGGAGGGCACAUGACAAACUUUUAUCGAAAUGCUCCCUGCAGUAUUCCUGCUACUAGGUGAGUUAUUAAAUCCAAGACUGGCUUAAGAAAAUCCAGAAGCCCCACCGUGACUUCCCCCAAUGCUAGCCGAGUCAUAAUCUCCCCAAAGACAUCUAAAAUCGGUAGCAGGGACAUCACAACAGAUAAGGCAACACAGAGCCCCACAGCAUUGAUUACCUCCAAAAGAGAACAAAUAUCAGUUUGAAUGGAAUUUUGAUUCUGGCUUGUGAAUCAGGAAGUGGGUGAGAGACUCGUUUUGCAUGAGGGGAGCAAGAACAUGGAGUGUGAGCCACAGGUUGCUCCUGAGAGCAAAGUCAUGUUUUGGUUGAGUUUUCUGAGCAGAGGUGUUGAAGUAAAACAGACUGAUAUGAAAUGAAAGUCAGUCAGCCAGCAACCCUUAGCAUAAGGUUACCAGAUUUUUUUCAAUGAAUCCGGGGACACUUUAAAUAAAUAAAUAAAUACAUACAUACAUACAUACAUACUACAUGUUUGGGAUGUUGAUGCUGCAGUGAUGGCCUUGACCUCAACCGCCACGUUUCCCCUUCCUCUGAGGCUUCUAUCUCCUUUCUCCAUGAGCCUAGGCAGCCCCUGAGUUGUUGGUUCUUCGGUGGUGAUGGUGGUGGUGAAGCAGUGUGCGGUGGGUCAGGCAUGGAAGGCAGAGAAGGAGGGUCAAGAGCAGCAGUGAGGCUUGGGCAGCACGAUGCCUCCCUUCCCAUUGGAGCAGCCCCAAUCCCAUUCCUACUUGCGUGCAAGCAGGAGGGGGCACGGAUCCCUCAGCUGGGAAGGGAGGCUUCCCUUUGCCUGAGAGAUCCUUGCCCCCUCCUGCUUGCACGCAAGUAGGAGGUGGGAGGCUGCUCCAAUAGGCAGCAUGAAGCCUCCCUUCACAGCUUAGUUGCUGGGUCAGAGAAGGUGGAGGCAGCCUGGAAGCUGCAUCUUAGAGCCCCUGCACCACCAUCAGAUGGGGACUUCCGAGCAGCUCCUGAAGCCAGCCAGAGCCAACUGCUCCAGGCUUCUGAGACUGCCGCUGCUGCAUUUCCCGGGGACAUUAGAUGAAAUCCAGGGACAUUCCGGGGAUGGAAUUUGUCCAGGGACUUAUUCAUAAAUCUGGGGACUGUCCCCGGGAAACGGGGAUGUCUGGUAACCCUACCAUAGCAAGAUCGGUGGUUCUUGACUUGUCUUUCUUUCUCCCUGGGAAAUGUGAUCAUGUAAAUAAUUGUAAGGUGGUUUUUUCCUUGCUGGUGGAGUACUUCAUUCCAUAGAGAAAUUCAGUGACCUGUUUGUGACUCCAGUUAACCAGCAAGAGUUAUGACCAGCCAUACCACUAGGCAGAGUUGGAAGGCUGCUUCAGGCAGCGAAUCCUGUGGGCAGAAAAUAAUAGUUUUCUGUGACGUACAACCUAUUGCCUUCAGGUGCAGUAGAAAGAUGCUCCCUGGUUCAAACACAUUGUUUAAAAAUAACUUAUUUUGAACCAUGAUCUAAUGUGCACAAGCAGUUUGCUCCUCUCCUGCUCCUUACUGUGCCAGGGCAUGGGGGGCAGGGAGCAGAGGUAUACCUAGGCACUGUACUGGCACCGGUUCCCCGGAGAAAAACAAAUGCAACCCAAAUACUUGAAGCUUCUGGAGUGAGGGUGAGGCAAGGCCAGGAGUUGUAGUCCAAAACAUCUGGAGGGCGCCAGGUUGGCAAAAGCUGGCUUAAGGCACAUAGAUGUGAGCCACAGGUGCAGAAAGACAUAGAAAGGCGCAUGAGAUUUGGCAGAAAUAUAUAAUCUAAUUUCCAAAGAACAUUGGGCAUUUAGGAUGGUGGAUUUAGGAAAUACCAGCUGUCCUCCUGGGUCUUAACCAGCAGUCAGAUAAACAAGAAUUAAGCACAUAAAAGUUUUCUGUUGUUUUUUUAAUGGUGUGCAAUUAUUGAAAACAACAGCAACCACACUGUGCUGUCACUCAGAAGCUAAACACCUAAGUAGAUCCCAAUGAGUUCAUUGUAAGUUUCUUCCAGAAUUGUAAUCUUUAAACAUGUUUAUCCAAUGUGAAUUCAGUUGGACCUAGUAUAUAAUUUUAGGUUUGCUGUUUUAAUCUGGUCUACAAGUAGUGACUAAAUAAAUGGAAUAUAAUUGUGCAGUAUUCAUAAGGAAAUUAGAAGCAAUACUAAUUGUGAAGCAGCAAUCCCUUCUGAACCAAGGUAAGGCACUUAGAUUCUAAGAAUUGAAGAAGCUGCAACGUUUAAGUGUCCACAGUUUCUUUGCAAAGGUGAAGGAUAGGAAGGGAUUCAGAACAGGUGAGGGCCACACAACUUUGCUCCCAGUUAAUUAGUCUGAACAAGCACCAACUUGAUGAAUAUCUACUUUAUGAAAUCAUGUUUCUCUUCUGAACUUUUGAGAAUUGGCAGGAGUUGGAUCUAUGGCUUCUUUAUGACAUAUCCACCUCACAAACUAUUAUCUUUCUGACUUCUCCUAUAAUGCUGCAAACCAAAAUGUGGGAAAUGCUGAACCUGAACCUUGCGGUCUGCUGUCCAGAUAUGCAAACAAUGUAUUCUCAGCCCAUUAUCCAGAGCUGGCUUAAGUCAUUUUAAUGCCCGAGGAGUGGCCAGUGACGCCACACCCCACAUCAAGGUGCAUAGUAGCCAAGGCUGGCCAGUUUCUUCUAGCACCUGAGGCAGAAAAGCCAAAAAGCACCUUUCCUGCUCCUAGUCCAUAAAAAUACUGUGAUAAUAAAUCAAAAUCUUUAACAAUUUGCUGCCCCUUCCAUGACACCCAAUAUCAGCUGCCUGAAGCAGCCUUCCCACUCUGAUGGUCAGGAAUCCACAGGUGCUCAUCACCAUCAUUUAUACCUCCACCCACCCCCUUCAAUCAGAGCCGUAGCUGGGGGGGGACGGGCUAGCCAGGUUUUUUGCCCUGGUGAAGUCUCCAGAGGAGCACCAUUGAGGCUCCCAGCCUGUAUGUGUGUAUGCAAAUGCACAUGGGGGGGAGGCACCAAACUGGGUCUUUGGUCCAGGUGAAAUAAAGCCUACUUUUGCCCUUGCCUUCAGUUUCUGCUGGGCAGCUGUUUAAAGCGUUGCUUUCCCUUAAAAAGUAGCAGCCAGCCUUGCCACUCCUUUUCCUGCAGCAUCCCACACACCUCUUCCCGCUUGAAGACUGGCCUCUUCUCUUCCCAGACCCUCACCUCCUUGGCAUCCAGACAAUCACAGGCUCUCUGCACUGUGAAAAGCUGAAAGGUUGGUGUGGUUUGGGCUUGCAGAGGAGGUGCCUGCUGCACAACAUGUCAUCAGCCAUGCAGUUUUUGCACCCCCUCUGGGCCUGCACCCUUAACCAACUCCUCAGUAUGCCCCUGGCCAGGGAGGAAACAAGCUAGAACGUGGCUUGUCUUGAGUGCAGAUGUGGGCUUGAAAUUGGUUUCUCUCCUAACAACCAUGAGCAGAAGUCUCCGCAUCUUGGUCAUAUUCAAAUGGUUUCACUAGCGGAGUAGAAACAUUGGGUUCCCUUUGUGUAGCUAGAGUAGAUAGAGCAAGAAUUUCCGUUAUGAUGGGGCAUUCUCUCCCACUUUCCAUCUGAAGUGGUACAGACCAGACAGUGAGAACCUGCUCCAAGCAUGUUUCAGAUGUUCAAAAUACAGUCAUGAGCAUGUAAGAAGGGCCCUUCUGGAUCUGACCAAAGGCCCAUCAUAGUCCAGCGUCUGAUUCUCCCAGUGAAUAACCAGGUGCCUAUGGGAAGCCUGCAAACAGGACAUGAGCGCCACAGCGCUUUCCUAGUUGCAGUUCCCAGCAACUGAUAUUCAGAGGCAUUGCCUCUAAUACUGGAGGGAGGACACAGUCAUCAUGCCAUCAAGAACCCCGUCCUCCCAGCAGACAAUCCUGACAGAGUAUAAAUCAGCUUGGAAAUUUAAGAAGCCUAUUCUUGUUUUUGCUUCGGGUUUUUUACAGUGUGCCGAAAACUCCAAGUUCUUGGUAAGGGCUUCUUACCUGGAGAUCUAUAACGAAGACAUCAGAGACCUCCUUGGUCCAAACACCAAACAAAAACUGGAGGUGAGGACACCAGACUAGCAACUUAGUUUGAAGUAAGUCAAAAAACAAAACAAAAAUCCAGAAACCAGAAUUCUGACAGUUCGCUGUGAGAAAAAUAAACCCCACACAAUGAAUUGCCAGGAACGUAAAGAACAUUUAUUCAGAGAAAAUUAGAAACCUGAAUUGAAAAAUUUGGUAGGUUAACUUGGUAUGUGAAAUCCAUCCCUCUUUCCUUGUCACCAUCAUCACCAGAACCCUUCUUAUUCCAGGACCCUCAGUGAUGCGGCUCUUUGCUCGUAUUUUUUCCAUUGCUCCCGCUUCCCUUUUGUUCAGCAUCUGAAUAAGCAGUAGAAUAAGUAGGAACUUUUAGGGUCUUAUAUCAAAUCAGACCAUUAGUCCGUCAACUCAACACUGUCUACUGAAACUGGGAAAGAUUCUCCAGGGUUUCAGUCUGAAGUAUUUUCCAGCCCUAUCUGGAGUUUGUACUUGGGAACUUUUGGAUGCUAAAUGUGCACUCAUCCCCUGAGCCACAGCCCUUCCCCAGAACAUGGGGGCCAAGAGGUUGCCUUAUAUUGGUGAUGGGGGUGGAGCCUGGGUGGAGCAGGAGGUGGUGCCUCUGGUGGGCCAUGCAACAGACUGGCGACUUGGGUAGAGCCUGACGGACGCGGUGAUUUAGAGAAUGGGUAGGCAAACUAAGGCCCGGGGGCUGGAUCUGGCCCAAUCGCCUUCUAAAUCUGGCCCACGGACAGUCAGGGAAUAAGCGUGUUUUACAUGAGUAGAAUGUGCCCUUUUAUUUAAAAUGCAUCUCUGGGCUUGGUGGGGCAUAGGAUUUUGUUCAUUUUUUCUUCUUCAAAAUAUAGCCCGGCCCCCCACAAGGUAUGAGGGACAGUGGACCAGCCCCCUGCUGAAAAAGUUUGCUGACCUCUGAUUUAGAGCAAAGAGCACAGUUCUCAAGCCAAUCAGGAAAUUUGAUUUUGUUGCUUCAUGCUGAAGUUUUAGACUUUCUCCUGGGGAUCCAAACAAAGGAGGCGGCUAAAACCCUAAGUAUUACCAUCAGACUCCAAGAUCUGGCAGUCUGACAAAACAACCCAUGCUAGAUUACAUACUAAAUCUUAAUUUCAAAUGGAGGAGUGGCUUGUGGCAUUGGGCCAAUAAUAACUAUUCCAGUUUUAGUGAAUGGUUCCCCAGUAAUACCACUGGGCUGUAAUGGGAAAUGCUUAUGACCUCCGUCAUGUCCCACUCGUUGGCAUACAUCACAAGACCUGACAUAUAACUUAACAUCUCCAAACACAUCAGGCCAAUAAAAUUCCCUAGUAACCUUUCAUAAUGUACACUUGAACUCCAAGUGUCCUGAAAAGGCAGAUUUGUGAGCCAGAUGUAAAACAGUCUUUCUGUAUGUUUGGGUCCUACCAACUGUCUUCUCAGUUCACACUCUGGGGCCGGUUUCUUUGGAAGGAACCGGCUAUAAAGUAACCCUUCCUCCCAGAUGAAACUACUCUUGGUUCAGCGCCAGCCCUAGGCACCCCCACACUUCUAUAUAAUUCUAAAGUUGGAUCCUUAAGCAGUUCUUUCUUAAAUUCAAUAUCAUGAAGUGGUGAAGGAGAAGUCACGAUAUUCUCACCAGACUUUGCCAAGGAAAUUUAUGCUGACUCACAAGCUUAAUCAAACUGAUUUACAUUUCCAGUGACAGGCUCCUCAACACAUUGGCUAGACCAUGGGUAGGCAAACUAAGGCCCGGGGGCCGGAUCCGGCCCAAUCGCCUUCUAAAUCCAGCCGAUGGACGGUCCAGGAAUCAGCAUGUUUUUACAUGAGUAGAAUGUGUCCUUUUAUUUAAAAUGCAUCUCUGGGUUAUUUGUGGGGCAUAGGAAUUCGUUCAUUCCCCCCCCCCCAAAUAUAUAGUCCGGCCCCCCACAAGGUCUGAGGGACAGUGGACCAGCCCCCUGCUUAAAAAGUUUGCUGGCCCCUGGGCUAGACGAUUCACCAAAGGUUAACCGUUUAGGGUCAGGCAACAGCUGAGCUAAAUGCUGUCUUAAAAGCAAGAUCAUUGUCUAUAAGGCAAAGGUGUAAUCCUUUUCAUGUACUAAAACUGGUAAGGACCUUGUAAAAUUUUUGUAUUCACAAUCCACCUGGGCUAGACUGGUUUUUACUGCUUGGCCCCCAUAGGGAGUUACAAUCAACUCUGCCUUCUAAAAUUUGGCCAGGCUAUAAUAACCCCUUGUAUACGGAGGAAAUAUCAGCCCCGUAUCCCUUAACUCUACUAUUAAUACGUUAUUAAUUUUAAUUUCCUCACUGAAUUGCACCUGAGCCCAUCUAGAUUUGACGUGGGUCAAUUAAUACCAUUCUCACAGUCUGUUGAACCCCAUUUGGCGCCUCUUCUGAUGAACCAUUUCCUAUUGAAGCUUGAUUCUGGGGAGUGGGAGGGGCUGCUAUAGAUUGUUCCCUUGGCCUUCCUUCCUCCUCCCACGAAGCUUCCUCAGCUGUGCUGCUCUUGAGACGCAACCUGUCUGCCAUUCUCUGUCUUGCAAAAAGCUACAGUCUUUCUUAAGAUGUCCUGGCUGUUUACAAAAAAAACCAGGCCACUCCGAGACGAGAUUGAAACCUUCCCGCCUAGGGGGUUUCCUGUUAUUAUUAUCUUUUUUUUUAUAUAUAUAAUAUUUAUUCAAAUUUUAAGAUUACAGAAAAAGAAAAAAGUAAAAAAAGAAAAACAAAUCACAUACAUCCUACAAGAAAAACACACAAUACAAGGAAAAAUGCACAAGACAAAAAAUCACAAUAAAAAAUAACAAAAGAAAGAUUCAACUUAAACCAUUAGAACCGUUUUCCCAUUUACUUAUUUCCGUGACUUCCUCACACUUCUCUGCUUUGUAUUCUAAUUCAAAUUGUAUCUCCAGCAAAUCCUUCUAACCUUCUUUUCAUUUACUUAUUUUAACAUUCAGAAAUAUUUAAUUCUCCUCUAUCUUUUAUUUUACCCUUCAUAUUUACUUAAUUCCAUUAUACUCUGUCUGCCAAUACGGUCUAAUAUUCUUCUCCAACCUUUUCUAACAUUCUUUUAUAUUACAGUGAUUCUGAAGAUAUGUUUUAAAUUUUUUCCAAUCUUCUUCCAUCGACCCUUCUUCUUGAUCUCGAAUUCUGCCGGUCAUCUCAGCCAGUUCCAUAUAGUCUAUCACUUUUCUCUGCCAUUCUUCUCGGGUAGGCAAUUCUUGUGUCUUCCAGUAUUUCCCAAUGAGUAUCCUUGCUGCUGCUGUCGCAUACAUAAAAAAAUUCCUAUCUUCCCUUCGCACCAAUUGACCGACCAUGCCCAAGAGGAAGGCCUCUGGUUUCUUCAGGAAAGUAUAUUUCAAUACCUUUUUUAGUUCAUUAUAUAUCAUUUCCCAGAAGGCCUUGAUCUUUGGGCACGUCCACCAAAGGUGAAAAAAAGUACCUUCAUUUUCUUUACAUUUCCAACAUUUAUUAUCAGGCAAGUGAUAAAUUUUUGCCAGCUUGACUGGGGUUAAGUACCACCUGUAAAUCAUUUUCAUUAUAUUUUCUCUUAAGGCAUUGCAAGCCGUAAAUUUCAUACCUGUGGUCCAUAACCGUUCCCAGUCAGCAAACAUAAUGUUAUGCCCAACAUCUUGUGCCCAUUUAAUCAUAGCAGAUUUGACCAUUUCAUCCUGUGUAUUCCAUUUCAACAGCAGAUUAUACAUUCUUGACAGAUUUUUAGUUUUAGGUUCUAACAAUUCCGUUUCCAGUUUAGAUUUUUCCUCCUGGAAACCAAUCUUUUGUCUAAAUUAAAAACCUCCCUUAUUUGAUAAUAAUGCAGCCAAUCUCGAACUUUAGUUUUUAAUUUGUCGAAGCUCUGCAAUUUUAGUUUAUCACCAACUUGUUCUAAGAUUUCACAAUAUUUUGGCCAGUUUGUCUCCAUAUUAGUUUUUUUCAAUGCCUUUGCCUCCAUUGGUGACAGCCACCUUGGUGUUUUACUUUCCAACAGAUCCUUAUAUCUCACCCAAACAUUAAACAAUGCUUUCCUGACAAUAUGAUUCUUAAAGGCCUUAUGCGCUUUAACUUUGUCGUACCAUAGAUAUGCAUGCCAUCCAAAGACGUUAUCAAAACCUUCUAGAUCCAAAAUGUCCACAUUUUCAAGAAGUAGCCAAUCUUUCAGCCAGCAAAAAGCGGCUGAUUCAUAGUAAAGUUUAAGAUCUGGCAGGGCAAAUCCCCCCUCUUUCCUUCGCAUCUGUUAAUAUCUUAAAUUUUAUUCUAGGUUUUUUACCCUGCCAGAUAAAUUUGGAAAUGUCUCUUUGCCACCUCUUGAAACAGUCCAUUUUGUCCACAAUUUGUAAUGUUUGAAACAAAAACAACAUUCUAGGCAGUACAUUCAUCUUUAUCGCAGCAAUUCGGCCAAGCAAUGAUAACUUCAAUUUUGACCAUAUUUCUAGAUCCUUCUUCACCUCUGACCAACAUUUUUCAUAAUUAUCUUUAAACAAAUUCACAUUUUUAGCAGUCAUAUUCACCCCUAAAUAUUUCACUUUGUUAACAAUUGUUAAUCCUGUCUCUUUCUGGAACCUCUCCUUCUCUAUCUCUGUAAGAUUUUUCUCUAAUACCUUGGUUUUCAUCUUGUUUAAUUUAAAACCAGCUACUUGACCAAAUUCUUGUAUUAAUUGUAACACCCUUUUUGUGCUAGCUUCUGGCUCCUGUACUGUCAAAACUAAAUCAUCAGCGAAAGCUUUCAAUUUGUACUGUUUAGCUCCGAGUUGUAUGCCUUUAACCAAUUGGUCUUUUCUAAUCAUAUUGAGCAAAACCUCGAGGACCGAUAUAAAAAGCAAUGGGGAGAUUGGGCAGCCCUGUCUUGUUCCUUUCUCUAUCUUAAAUUCUUCUGUAACUACAUUGUUCACAAUAAGCUUAGCUUAUUGUUCCGAAUAAAUUGCACCUAUACCAUUUUCGAAACUUUGGCCUACCCCCAUCCCCUGCAGAUUUUUCUUCAUAAAACUCCAAGAAAUAUUAUCAAACGCUUUCUCUGCAUCUACAAAUAUUAAAACAGCUUUAGUGUUAAUAUUGACUUGCAAUUUUUCCAAAAUGUUAAUGAUGUUCCUAGUGUUGUCUGACAAAUGUCUCCCAGGCAGAAAACCCGCCUGGUCUUUAUGAAUCUCUUUUACCAAUACGUUUUUAAUCUCUUAGCCAUAAUUUCAGCAAAAAUUUUGUAAUCCACAUUUAACAGGGAUAUGGGACGGUAGUUCUUCAACUGUGUCUUCUCCCCUCGGUUUUUGGUAUAAGUGUAAUAUACGCUUCUUUCCACGACUCGGGUGCUUUUCCUCCCCGUAGUAUUUCAUUACAAAGUUCUUUCAACGGUUGCAAUAACCAUUCUUUCAAAGUUUUGUAGUACUUUGCAGUUAAUCCAUCCGGCCCUGGAGAUUUGCCCAAUUUCAUGUUCUGAAUGGCUCCUUCCACUUCUUGAUCAGAUAUAAUCGAAUUUAAUAUUGAUUUACUGUCUUGAGAUAUUUUUUGUAAUCCAUUAUUUUCCAAAAAUCGGUCAAUGUCUAGAUCUUUCUGAGUCUCCUGCGUGUAUAACUGUUUGAAAUAGUUCUGAAAGCACUUCCGAAUCUCUCCAGGAUUCUGUAUAUUCUUUCCUUCUACAACCAAGUUCGUGAUUGUAUUCAGCUUUUGUCUUUUCUUCAUUUGCCAAGCCAAUAACUUCCCACAUUUAUUUGCCGAUUCGAAGGUCUUUUGUUUCAUCUGUUUAAUCUUCCAUUCUAUCUCCUGAUUCAUCAAUUUCAUAUACUGUACUUGGUAUAGCUUUAUCUCUUUUAAGAUCUCCUGUGAGUUCGGUUUCGCUCUCAAUCUUUUUUCUCCAUCCUUUAUUUUCUCCAAGAUUUUUUCUCUCUUCUCAUUUUGAUAUCUUUUCCUAAUUGCGUUUUGUUGUAUCAAGAGUCCUCUCAUCACCGCUUUACUGGCAUCCCAAAUCACUCUUUUUUCUGUCGUAGUAUUCAAAUUUAUUUCAAAAUAGUCUCUCAAAUUUUUUUGAGCCUUUUUAAUAAUUUCCUCAUUCCUGAAUAAGGAGUCAUUCAUCCUCCAUCUAAAGGCCCCAAUUGGCAUUGAUGUCAUUUCAAUCUUUACUGGAUUGUGAUCGGAGCAAAUUUUCGGACAAAUCACUGCUUUUUUAAUUUUAGGAGCCAGUCCUCUAGUUAUCCAGAUUUGGUCUAUUCUUGUCCAUGUCAUAUUUGCUUCAGAGAAGAAGGUUCCUUCUCUUUCCAGGGGGUUCUUUGUUCGCCAGAUAUCCACAAGAUCCAUAUUGUCAGUCAUUUCAAAGAAUGUCUUUGGUAAUCUUCCAUCUUUUGUCACUGCUUGUCUUUGGGCCUUGUCCAUAUUUGUAGACACUACUCCAUUCAUGUCUCCCAUCAAAAUAAUAUUGUAAUCCAAAUAGUCCAAGAGGGUUUCAUGCAAUUUCUUGAAGAAUUCUGAUUUUCCCUCAUUUGGUGCAUAUACACCUAAUAUCAAGAAUUUCUGUCCUUGGAAUUGAAUUUCAAUUGCUAUAUAUCUUCCUUGAUCAUCUUUAAAUAUAAAUUUUGGUGACAUCUCCUGUUAUUAUUAUCAUCAAAGCUUCUGUUUUUCCCACUCCUCCCCUUCGUAAGAACUUUACUGGCGAUUCAGUUUCAUGUUUUCCACCAACACCGCAGCAGAAUUCUUAUCCAGUGGCUUACAGGAACAAGAAAGUCCUCACAUGUAGCUUCAGAGAGUGCAAAAUAUGACUAAACCCUGCCCUUCAGUAUAUGGGGGGAACAUAUGCUUGUCCCAAUAAACAAAAUUAUUUCUCCCCCUGAAGGAUCUUUCUGGAGAGGAGUCUCCCUUGCUCCAAACCACUCUAGGUCUUGACACCCGACCAUAUUCCUCCUUUACAUCUCCGCGUCUCUAGGGUCAUUCAGCUAUUAACUACCUGGCCCCCUGCCUGCUUCUCACCAAACAGACAAGCGCGCUCUUCUGCCAUUUCCCCUGGAACUGAUGAACACUUUCUGCCGUCUAAACAGCCACUUGCCAUUCACAUUCAAGGUGCUGAAGCUCCAAAGCUCCUGUUCAAAUGUGCCACUAUGCCACCAUGUCACGGAGAAGGUCACUUUCCGAAGUCCUCCCUGCAAGCUUCUAAAAACUUACACGUAGGCACGGGUUAUCAGGCUUUAUUGGCGUCUUCUCUGGCACCAGCUACAGACACCACACGGCAGUCUAAUCUAUGGCAUGUUCUCUCCCCCUCCCUCAGCAGGUUAACACAAAGAUUUAUAGGGGCUGAGGAAUGCUGUCAGCCCUGUCACCUGCUCCCACUUUGGGGACUAAUUGUUAACAUCUGCCUUGCUUACAGAAUCACUCCUUCACGACAGGAGAUGCUAGAGAUAGAUCAGUUUGGGGGUGGGAGUGUUGCAUCCGCUAAUGGCCGUGUACAUUCUGUCAUGUCCAUGAAUGCCACACAUAAACAGAUGACCCUGCCUUACAAUGAGCCAGACUAUCUUAGUAUUUUCUACUGUAAAUGGCAGGCGCUCUUCAAGGCCUCAGAUCUUCCCCAGCCUUUCAAUUACCCAGAUUCUUUCAGCAGACACUCGGGACUGGACCUUCUGCUGUAUCCUUCCCAUAUGCUGUAUGAUAGUCCUCCCCCAGUUCUGUUGUAUUACUGGUAAAGACAAGACCUACAUUUGCAAUUCUUGUUCCAAAAAUGCAGUUUGCCAGAGGUGUAUAAGCGGAUGCAAUCCAUCUGGGAAAAUACACCAGUGUAUAAAUGGGCAGAGCAAGAUGUGGCCCAUCUUGCUUGUAGGUGAUGGGGAAAGAUUGAGGAACCCAUCACCUCUGUAGGGUUUGUUCUUUGGGGUAGAGUGCCACUGUCAGUGCAUAAGAGCUUUCUCCUUCUAUAGCAGUGGCCCUCAAGCUUCUGGUCAUUUCCUAGUUCAAGUGUCUUUCUGCAGCUUUUACUGUAACUUGCUGUAACGGCCCUCCUUGCAGCUGAAGGAGCAUCCAGAGAAAGGGGUCUACGUGAAAGGCCUGUCGCUGCACACAGUGCACAGCAUCUCCCAGUGUGAGCGCAUCAUGGAGAUGGGCUGGAGAAACCGUGCCGUGGGCUACACCCUGAUGAACAAGGACUCCUCCCGUUCCCAUUCCAUCUUCACCAUCAACAUGGAGAUCUAUGUCGUAGGUAAAAGCUGGAAAUUCCUGUGUUGAGGAUGUGAAUGAGACAAGACAGGGCCUGGAGCACAGAAGCUCAACAACUUUGAUUUCCCCAGAAAAGCUCAACAAUUUUGGUCUGCCUCAGGCACGGCAGAGGUUGCCUGUGCUCUACUGGUGCAUCUAGAGUUAAGGUGCCGGGUGGCAGCAGUGUCUGUUUCUCCGUGGGUGAAGCAAAGCUACUUGCAAUUCUGCUUGAAAUGAAGUUUUAAGAGCUGUUUGACAGUGGAACUGACUCCCUUGGAAAGUGUUGGACUUUCCUUUAUUGGAGGUUUUUAAGCAGAGGUUGGAUGGCCAUUUGCCAUGGAUGCUUUAGCUGAAAUUCCUGCAUUGCAGGAAGUUGGACUAGAUUAGGGUUGCCAUAUUUUGAAAAGCAAAUAAGAGGAUACAUUUGCCUAGAGCGGCAUAAGGAAGCCUCUCUCUCCCCUCACAGUGUGGCCACGGCGUGCAUUGCCUGUCAGUGGCCAGCAUUUGGGGCCUUCCCUUUCUGCCUAUUUGCAUAGAACAUGCUCUCCUCGGUCUCUCCAAAGGCCCCCCUGCUGUUGCCCAGCCACCUUCCGGCCUCUCCCCACCCCCACUCCCAGUAUAAGACAAUAAGCGUUCAACAGUUUUCACAAUGGCCAACCUGCAUUUUAAAUCCUCUCUUGCAACUUUGAAAGGCAUAGCUUUGGAAGUCAGACACCCCCUCCCCCCAGAUAUGCAGGGCUUGCCUGUCGACUUUUGACCAAGCUGUGGUGGGGUUAGUAUCAGAUUCAGUCCCUGAGCACACACAUGAGAAAGUGGGGGCAUGUGGGGGUGACACUCUUCCCUUCCUCCUCUCUGAUUUCUUUUCCUUCAAUAAAGGUAGUUCCACCCGUGCCCAGCACAGGCAUGUUUCCCAGCAAGCAAGGCCUUGGACGUCGAAUGCUUGAUCUCAAAAGCCCUGUCCCAGCGCGCUUGCUUGCCUGCUUGCCUGCUCACUCACAGCUGCUGCUGCUUGUAAGUGGCUCCCCAGCAAUUUCAGCCCCUGCCUGUGAUAAAGCCCAGGUUUCCAAAGCAGCAGCAGCGCCUCCACCAGGCACCGUGUGUCCCUUCUUAGUCCCAGAGCAGCCGCAGCAGCCGCUGCCAGCAGCCUUAUGGAGCGCGUGGGCGAGGGCCACAACAACCCCCCCCCAGACAUUUUGCAUAAUUUUUAAAAUCCACCUGGACAGAAAUUUUAAACCGUAAAACGAGGACAUAUCUGGAGAAAUCCGGACAUAUGGCAACCCUAGACUAGAUGACCCUUGGGGUUCAGCUCCACAAUUCUGUGAUAAUCUGUAGAACUCAUUGCUGUCUGAUGAUGUCAAGUAGGGCUGUCCCAAGACACUUUAUCACAGCAAGCAGCUAAUGGUUCAGCACAAGGCCCUUCAGGUCUGGUAUAGUCUAGACAAUUCAGGAUUGUUCCCUUCUUUCAAGAACUCAACUCAGCCCAGACUCUUUUCCUUGCAGAUGAGAGGGGGCAAGAUCACCUGAGGGCUGCAAAGCUCAACCUAGUGGACUUGGCUGGGAGCGAGAGGCAGUCCAAAACGGGAGCUGUUGGCGAACGCCUCAAAGAGGCCACCAAAAUCAACCUCUCCCUCUCGGCACUGGGCAACGUCAUCUCAGCCCUGGCAGACGGGAGGUGCAGACACGUGCCCUACCGAGACUCCAAGCUGACUCGGGUGCUGCAGGACUCGCUUGGAGGCAAUACCAAGACACUCAUGGUAGCCUGCUUGUCUCCUGCGGACAACAAUUACGACGAGACUCUCAGCACCUUGCGCUAUGCCCACCGAGCCAAGAACAUACGGAACAAACCCCGCAUCAAUGAGGAUCCCAAGGAUGCUCUGCUGAGGGAAUACCAAGAGGAAAUCAAGAAGCUGAGAGCCAUCUUGGCUCAGCAGAUGAACAUAAGCCAUUUGCAAGGUAGGAUCCCUUCAUGCAGCUGCUUCACCACUUACAGUGGUGCCUCGCAAGACGAAAUUAAUCUGUUCCGCGAGUCUCUUCGUCUUGCGGUUUUUCCGUCUUGCGAAGCACGGCUAUUAGCGGCUUAGCGGCUAUUAAUGGCUUAGCGGCUAUUAACGGCUUAGCGGCUUUAAGAAAAAGGAAACAAACUCGCAAGAACUCGCAAGACGUUUCAUCUUGCGAAGCAAGCCCAUAGGGAAAUUCGUCUUGCGGAACGUUUCAUCUUGCGAAGCAAGCCCAUAGGGAAAAUCGUCUUGCGGAACGACUCAAAAAACGCAAAACCCUUUCGUCUAGCGAGUUUUUCGUCUUGCGAGGCAUUCGUCUUGCGUGGCACUACUGUACCGAAAUGGAAUUGCUUAUGUUCUGUGCCUCAAUCAUUGGGGAAAACCUCUGUCCACCAGUAGUGACAACAGCAGCUAUUCUUCUAAUCUUAGGUGGUGCCCCCUUCUCAACAAUUAGUCUGUGUACACACAACAUAUUCAAGAAUCAAUGGAAACUGAAUCCUUGGGAUUUUUUGACACACGGCACACACAAACUAAUCUAUUGCACAUUCCUCCCCCCCAUCUGUUGUUGGCAUCCAUCUGUCUUGACAGACAAUAGAGUGUGCAUCUGGGGGUGAUGUCAAACCACUGUAUUAGUAGCACAGAAGUGAUCUUCCCAGGGCAUAAGCCUGGGCAGUGUUUAUGGAGGUCCUGGGCUGCCCAGAUGGCAAAACACCCCUCUUGGGGUGGUCCAAAGGAAAGCAGAGAAAUGUUUGACACCAGCUUGGCUGCAGGAGUUGCUGGGAGGAGGCGUACAAGGCGCCAUCCCACUGUCUUAAGACUGUACUCUGGAUUUGUGUAGGGUUUACUCCUUAGGCUUUUCUUCUUCCAAAUAUAUUCUGCAAGGCAGCAGAGGUUUAGGAUCAGAGUUUUCCUUCUCAUAGUGGAAUACCUUCCAAUCAGAAAUGCACUUAUUGAGAAAAUGGUUUCAUUAAAAGAAAACAAGCUCAUUGCAGAUUGAUUCUGUGUAACUGCACAGUACAUACAUUUGAAAAAGACAAAAACUGACGUAGGUGAUGCCAGCCAGGUUGUACCUACAGUUGCCCAGUGACUUUGAGGGUAGGCUGCAGUCACCACUUCCAUUUUCCUUAACCUGGGGCAUAUGCAGGGAGGAGGAGGCAUUGAUAGCUUCACCAAGGGAAAGGUUUUCAAAUGCAUGUUAAGUAACUGUACUCACCCUUGUGGAUGUCAGGGUUUAGAAACAGUCUGGACUGAAAACAGCAUGUUGAGGAUGUGCAUGAACAAUUCCAGACUGAGGUACAUGUUGGUGCUACAAAUAGGUUAGUGUGCACACAGUCUCAGAUGAAGGGUAAGUGCAAUUCUCCCUCCCCUCACAAUGAUCACAGGAUACCCGACCCUUUCAGCAAUAUUUCAGGACCAUUUCCUAAAAGGCAGUACUUCAUUUUUAAAAAUUCAAGCCAUUAUCUACCCACUAUAUCUGCUUUCUUUCCUAUAGACCCUAUUGGGUGCUAAGACUGGCAGAGGGGACCCUCUUGGUGGUUCCUUUUCUCUCAAAGACUGAGGGGGGGCUGGACCAGGAGAGACCCUAGCAGUGCAUCUCCCCUUCCCACAGAGCGGGUUCUGGUACCUUCAUUAUACAGAUUCCAGUGAAUGCUUAAGACGCACCUCUUUUACCCUGACUUCUGACACCAGAGUAUUUUAAGGGCCACUUUAUUUUUAUGAUUGUAAGUUGUUUUUAACUGUUUUAAUGUAGUACCCCACCCUGGGACCUUAAAGUGAAGGACAGGUUAAGAAUAACAACAACAACAGAGAUAUAAAUAAAGGGACAAUAUGAUCACAGGCUUGAUGAUUGCCCUGAUUGUAUUGCUGACAUCCAUCUGUCUCAGGAGACAAUGAAGCCCAUUGAUAUGCGUCUGAAAACACCUGCAUACCUUAGGGGCAUAAGCUCAGUGGUAGAGCAAAUGGUUUGCAUGCAGGAGCAUCUGGCAACUCCAGUUCAAAAGAUCUGAGAAAAAGACCUCAGAGAGCUUCUGCCAUUCUGGCUCAGGAUGACCCCUUUGUAGGCAGAGAUCUUGAGAAGUUUGCUAGAGUGGCUUUUAAGGUGCCUCAGUCAGUAGAGUGCAUGCUUUGCAUGUAUAUUGCUAUAAGUUUUUUGGGGGGGGGACCCCCUAAACCCUAGAAUUUAAUAAAUGGGUUUUUUAUUGUUUGGGCUGUGAAGGGAGAAAUACAAGUUGCAGAGGAAUUCCUGAGCUAACCUAUGAAGCAAAGGACCAGGCCAAGCUAGGGCCAUUAAGAAACAAUACAGGGCUACAGAGGGCCAUUGGCAAAUCAAGAGAACUGUCCUCUCCCCUUGCCCUGAUUUUGCAGGCUGGGGAUUUUUAAGGUUGCCAGCGUAAGUGGGUGUGAGGUGACAGGAAAAGAAUGUAUUGAGCAAGAUGUGCUGGGGGAGCAUGCCUUGGACUCCAGGGCUGCUCUGCUGUUGGGAACAAACCUCUCUUAAGGUGACCAUGCUGUAAGAUCUGGACUCCCUCCAUGCAGACUGAAGGUGUAAAUAUGGGAAUAAAUUGUACUUCUUAAAGUUACAGCAGUCUCCACUGCAUUUUCAAUUCUUCAAAGGAGCAGAGACCCUAGGGGAGCACUGGAACCCCCUCAGGAAUACCACUCAGCAGAGAGUGGGGGUGACACCCAGCUUUUGUUACACUGGUGUAAGAAGUGGGAGCCGUGUUUCCUGGAGAGAAGGCCUAGGAGACCAUGCUCCUGAAGUCAAAAUGAAGGGAGGAAUAGCAGUAUUCCUCAAGCUGAUGGAGGAGCACCGAACGCAGCAUCAUGGGCAGCAGAUGCAGUGGUUCAUUGAAAUGAGAAUAGAGUGGGAAAGAAAUCUCCUUGGAGAGCAAAGUGUGACUCCAUGCCAGGCGCCACUGGCAGAAGAAAAAGGUACCAAGGUGGCUGGAGUGGAGGAGGAGCUGCUAGUUGAUCUCUCUCCUACUCCCGGAGCUCCAGCAGUGGAGGAAGAAAAUGCCUCAGAGGAGAAAGGCUGGCCACCUGAGCUGCCUGAGCCCUGGAAGCCUUCUGUGGAAGAGGAGAAAAUGGAGGGGCCGGAGAGCCUGCCAGAGGAACCCGUGCCUGCGGAGGUGCCAGAAAGAGGGGAAACUGUUCCUGAGGAGUUGGGGGAGAAGCCAGCACCUAUGGAAAAGGAAGAUGUUGAUUGUCUGUGCACAAGGGGAAAUGGCACUUUCUUCAGUGGAGGAAAACACCAAGGAGCAACUCCAGGCUUGCAUCCGCUCACUGCCAGGGGAGCAGUUGGCUCCUCCUGAGCUGGUUUCUCCGGAAUUUCCCCGAGAGGAAGAGGGUGCCCAGGAGCAGCAAUAGGCUUGUGUGCUGCAGAAGUGUGUGAGAUAAUAAUUGCCAGUGGUUUUACCUCUUGGAUGCCCCAAGAUGGUCUGCAAGGGUUGAUUCAGCAGAGGAAACACAGCCCAGAAUAACUAAGGAGAUAGUACAAGAAUACUUGGCUAGUUUAGAUGUAUUCAAGUCUCCAGGGCCAGAUGAACUGCAUCCAAGAGUAUUAAAAGAACUGGCAGAUGUGAUCUCAGAACCACUGGCAGUCAUCUUUGAGAAUUCCUGGAGAACAGGCGAAGUCCUGGCAGACUGGAGGAGGGCAAAUGUUGUCCCUAUUUUCAAAAAGGGGGAAAGAGAGGACCCAAGUAAUUACCGCCCAGUCAGUCUGACAUCAAUGCCAGGGAAGAUUCUGGAGCAGAUCAUUAAGCAAACAGUCUGUGAGCACCUAGAAAGGAAUGCUGUGAUCACCAAUAGUCAGCAUGGAUUUCUGAAAAAUAAGUCAUGUCAGACUAACCUGAUCUCGUUUUUUGACAGAAUUACAAGCCUGGUAGAUGAAGGGAACGCAGUGGAUGUAGCCUACCUGGAUUUCAGCAAGGCAUUUGACAAGGUGCCCCAUGAUAUUCUUGUAAAGAAGCUGGUAAAAUGCGGUCUUGACUAUGCUACCACUCAGUGGAUUUGUAACUGGCUGACUGACCGAACCCAAAGGGUGCUCAUCAAUGGUUCCUCUUCAUCCUGGAGAAGAGUGACUAGUGGGGUGCCACAGGGUUCUGUCUUGGGCCCGGUCUUAUUCAACAUCUUUAUCAACGACUUGGAUGAUGGACUCAAGGGCAUCCUGAUCAAAUUUGCAGAUGACACCAAACUGGGAGGGGUGGCUAACACCCCAGAGGACAGGAUCACACUUCAAAAUGACCUUGAGAGAUUAGAGAACUGGGCCAAAACAAACAAGAUGAAUUUUAACAGGGAGAAAUGUAAAGUAUUGCACUUGGGCAAAAAAAAUGAGAGGCACAAAUACAAGAUGGGUGACACCUGGCUUGAGAGCAGUACAUGUGAAAAGGAUCUAGGAGUCUUGGUUGACCACAAACUUGACAUGAGCCAACAGUGUGACGCGGCAGCUAAAAAGCCAAUGCAUUUCUGGGCUGCAUCAAUAGGAGUAUAGCAUCUAGAUCAAGGGAAGUAAUAGUGCCACUGUAUUCUGCUCUGGUCAGACCUCACCUGGAGUACUGUGUCCAGUUCUGGGCACCACAGUUCAAGAAGGACAUUGACAAACUGGAACGUGUCCAGAGGAGGGCAACCAAAAUGGUCAAAGGCCUGGAAACGAUGCCUUAUGAGGAACGGCUAAGAGAGCUGGGCAUGUUUAGCCUGGAGAAGAGGAGGUUAAGGGGUGAUAUGAUAGCCAUGUUCAAAUAUAUAAAAGGAUGUCACAUAGAGGAGGGAGAAAGGUUGUUUUCUGCUGCUCCAGAGAAGCGGACACGGAGCAAUGGAUCCAAACUACAAGAAAGUAGAUUCCACCUCAACAUUAGGAAGAACUUCCUGACAGUAAGAGCUGUUUGACAGUGGAAUUCGCUGCCAAGGAGUGUGGUGGAGUCUCCUUCUUUGGAGGUCUUUAAGCAGAGGCUUGACAACCAUAUGUCAGGAGUGCUCUGAUGGUGUUUCCUGCUUGGCAGGGGGUUGGACUCGAUGGCCCUUGUGGUCUCUUCCAACUCUAUGAUUCUAUGAUUCACUUUUCCCUUUGCUUCCUCUGCAAUUUGACAGGUUGAGGCAGACUCCUGUAUCAAUUUCUGUAUUGCUUCUAUAUUAAUAUUCACCAUUUGUCCCAGACUAUUUAUACUUUCUGUAUUAAUGUCAAUUUUGGCAUUUGCGGCAUCCACCUUCGCAUUAGAUGCAUCAACUUUUAUAUUUGUCUCAUCUACUUUCCUGCUGAGUUUUUCCAAAGAUUCAUUUAUUUUACCCAGCACCGCCGCUAAAGCCUCUUCUGAUGAUGACAUUCCUCUUUGUUUAGAUUGAGUUGGCACAGCUGCAGAUGGUACAGAAGGACCAGAUGCUGACGCUCUUCGCUGCCAAGGCUUCCCAGAUCUCGUUGUUGAUAAAUCUACUUUCUCUUUCCCAUUUGCCAUAACACUCAAAAAGUCCAAGGUCAAUCCCACAGUCAGACAGUUUUAUCUUUCUAAUGGAAAAUUCCCCUGGCCCGGCUCUUACAACAGUUUCCACUAAUACCUCUAGGGGGAAACAGUUGCAGUCUGUGCUUAUAAUUAUCCAAAAUAACUUCUUUUGAAAUGUAGCUCAAAAAGGAAAUUUAGUUUCCAUUUUCCGUUACUUUUUCUCCCCCUUAAGAGUCAGAAGGGCAGUUAGAAGCAAUUAAGCAGAAUGUAUCUCUCUUUUGACAGCUAACAGUCUGAGCGCAUUCCAAAUACAGCAGCAAUAUUGUCUAUUGUCUAUUUGCAGCCCGUUCCCAGGGUCUGAGCAGUGGAGUUUUAAUUUCCUUCCCUCUCUCUCGCAGGUAUGAAAAGUCCAAAACUUCUCCCCCCUCUUCUCCUGCUUCCAGGGGGGAGUUUUCUAAUUUAGAAAUUGGGGUUUUAAUCCUUUCCAGUCGGCUCUCCAAGACUCUAGCUUGCAGCCUCUUUGCUUUGUUGUGUCUACAAAAGCGGAAGGCAGACUUCCUGUUUAUGCCUCCCCGCUACAAUUCCAAAUUGCAAAUUUCUUCCUUUAACAAGUUCCAAUAUGAUUGUUCUUAAAUAAUAUAUUUGAAAUCCAAUUGUUCUACUCACGGGUAGUGUCUUUUUAAGUCCAAUUGUUCACAGGAAAAAGCCAGCGCUCUCCGGCAACGGCUCUGCGGCUUCACUCUGUGGAAAGAGCAGUCGAUUCACAGCACCGUGCUGCUCACCCCACUUCGCUACGGAUCCCGCGAACGGGUUUCCCUGCGAGUAGGGGAGGCGCUGAGAGUGCCUGCCGAAUCCCGCGUUCACAGGCUUCACCCGCCUGUGAUUUCUGAAGGGUCUCCGCCUUCGCCGUGGUGGCCAGACCCGAUUUCCACGGAGCAAAUUCCUCUUAGUCAGAGGGAUUCAGCCGUUAGCCGAUGGCGCCAACCCAGAAGUCUAAAAGUGGUAAAGAGAUCAGAACACCACCUCCUGUAUCUUUCGGAAACAGGAGCUUUUGUCAUGAUUAGACAAUAUAAAUGGCAAAUUCACAAGAUAAGCACUUUGAAGUAUUGUUUGCUUGUAAUAUGUUUUCUCUGUGUGUGUGUGUGUUGAAUGUGUUUGUAUCUAGAGGACAACUUGUAUGUAAAGAGGGCACUGUGUAAAGAUUGUACAGUCUUAUACUGCAAUCUUAAGCAUUUUUACUCAGAAGUAAGUCCCACUGAGUUCAACAGGACUUACUCUCUGGUAUGUGUCUGAUCAUUAUCACAGUUUCUAUUAUAAUAUAUGCACAAGGGGGUGCUAGACUGAGUCUUUGACCCAGAUAAAAGAAAGCCUAGUUUUGUCCCUGGUUUAAGUGCUCGGAAAAUUGUGAUUUCCCACAGUGAUUGAUUGGUUUUACUUACCUAUAUGCCGCUUUUCCACAAUGAGCUGUACCCACAGCGGCCUAUGGCAAACAUUCAGGACAUCGAUAGAGUACAUGGAAAUACAAAUAUGUAAUACAAAACAAGUCAGUAAAUUAAAAAUAACAAAUAUCCAACAAUUUAACAAACACAGAAUAAAUUCAGUAUUACAAAGAAAAAACUAAUCUCAACAUACAUAAAUGCAUAAAUACAAAACAAAAAUGAGAGUUAACUGACAAUAACAUUUCUAGUGCUGGUCUUGCUGCACUCCAAGUGUGCUUCAGAGAGGGGGAGAUGACACACCGCUGGCUCUCCUCCUGAGGAGGUUGAUAACAGUAAAAGAGAAAUGUCAGAGAGAGCAAUGAUGGUCAGUCUGAUGGUCAGUCUGUUCCCUCGCCUCUUCUUGGAAGUGCCAACUGCUGGUACAGGUCUUGUUGCACUUCAGAGACACCUCAGCAUCGUGGCCGAAAUACAGUUCAGAGGGGAGGAGUCCUCUCACCAGGCUAGAUGACCUACAGCUAGGUAGACAAACAAAGGGUAUGAAAUCAAGAUUGGCUGCAACAACAGACUCACCAGUGUAUAUUUCCCAUUGUUAAAUAACAAAAGAAACAGAACAUUCCAGGGUUUUGAAAGGCUCUUAAUAUAUAAUAUAUAAACUAUAUCAAACUAUUUGGAAAUGAAUUCCUUUGGGUCAUCAGGAAAAAGUGAGCUUUGCUCCCAGGCCCAAUUUCCAAGCUUUCUAGGUGUACCAUCUUCUCAGUUAUGUCCUUUCUCCUUCCUUAGUGGAGUUGUCUCACAUGCUGCCUCCUGAGGCUGCUCAGCCUGAGGCGAAGCCAGAGCCCUCUCUUGAAUCCCUGGCAGAUAUUGAGAAAGAGAAGCAGCUAAUUCGAGAAGUAAGUUGGUGCAACCAUAUCUUCUGGCAAUAGGGACGGGUGGGAUUCCAGUACAGUAUUCCUUGCUCAAACUUGCCAGGUAACUUUUCUAAUUAGCUGAACCACACAUAUUAUGGUUUAAAUUAUGUUCCAUCAUCUAUUAAAUAUUUAUCUUUUGUCAAGAAUUUGCUGAGUUUAAUACCUAGCUUUUGGUAAUAUGCCUUUAUAUUUUUCUACUGUGGUUAUUGUACCAAUGUUAUGAGAUACAGUUGUUUUAGUAUAUGCUGCUGUAGUGUGUUUUAUAAACCACCCUGGAAUUGGAUAAUGAAGGGUUUAUCAUUAUUUUAAUAACUUACUAACUAACCAACCUAUAUGCGUAUGUGUGUGUAUAAGCAUCAUUGAGAAAACACCCAAGAAACUAGUGACAAUGCCAGAUGGACCCUCUUUGGGAGAGCAGUCCACAGAUAGGUCAUCACAACUGAAAAGAUCUUUUCUCCUGACUACUUGAUUGCCAGAGUUUGACCUUCUGAUUUUAGCUGUGGUUCUAAGCACAGCCAUUUGAAGAAAAAAAAUGAACAAACCUCUAAUGAUAUCCAUGGUAUUUCCUUCUAGUUAGAUAUGCUUAGCAAAGUUUACUUUAAGGCUAAGUUUCUUAAAAAUCUAAAGUUUCAAUUCUCUUGAAAAUAUAAAUGAGCAAAACCACUGUGUGUCCUCCCUCAACAAAUAUUCUCUAGAGUUGGAAUGUGCCACACCAGGAUCCCUCAGCUGUUUUCCUUGACCUUUUCAGGAGUAUGAGGAGAGGCUGGCGCGGCUGAAGGCUGACUACGAAGCUGAACAAGAAUCUCGUGUCCGGCUGGAGGAGGAUAUCAGCGCCUUGAGGAAUGCUUAUGACAUGAAGUUCCAUACUUUAGAUGAGAACCUCCAAAAGGAAGCAGGUAUAGCCAUGAAGCCAGAAGAGCGGCUGAAUAAUGUUCCUUUGAGUUGGACAUCUCUAUGACCAGCAGUUAGAUUAUGUUUAAUAAUUUCAGGUUAUUAAGUUUCAGGUUAAAUUAUGCAACGUAGUAAAAUUAAAAGAACAAAUGAUGCAAACUAGGAGACUGUAGGCUGCACUCUUGAAUAGGAUUAGGAUGUACUAUUUUGACGCUUCUUUGGUCCCAGAGAUGGUGCUCAGAGCCAGCUGCUCCACCAGCUGAUAUUUUUAAAUUAAAGGAAAAAGCUCCUGGCCUGAUUUGUUGACAGUCUUAUCAUUUGAGGAACAGGAAAUGCUCAAGACAUCCUCUUGUUUGAGCCCAGGGCCUUACUUAUGAGUAAGGUCAUUCCCCAUCCUGGCGUUAAAAUCCCCACAUACAAUAAGAAGGUAGUUAGGAUAUCCAGUAGAGACUCUGUGCAACACUCUCCUAUCCUUUGCCAAAUCUCUGCUGUCAUGUCUGAGGCUGAUACAAAUCAACUGACGCAGCUUGUGAGCCCGGAUGGUUAGCACCUGGCAAUAAUUAGAGGAAGUGUCCUCUAUCUCUGCGAUCUCUGCAUCUACAGUGACAGAUUUCUGAAUAGCUCAACUGCCACUUCCACGCCUGAGCAAGGAAAUUUUCCAGGCAGGUUGCUCCCAUGUCCUAAAUCCCUGGAGCUUUAGAGAGUUUGUCUCCAGGAGCCAAAUCUCCUGCAGACAGACUAUGUCAAAUGUGUGUCGGUACCUUUUAAAAUCUGAGUCAGCUAAUUUGUUCCUCCAGCCUGCAAUAUUCAAGAUAAAAGUUUUAGGGGCUGGGCUAAUUCUUUAAUGGUCAAUAGUCAAUCUGCAGGAUAAUCUACCAAUAAGGUGUGUCUGUUUCCUACCCGCCAGUUGGAAAUCGACAGCUGAUGGUAUUCAUUUAUACCUUUUAACCUGAGGACCCUCUUUUGAGGCAACGUCUGUGCAAUAUGACUAGGAAGAGACUGGUUCUUUAAAGAAAUCGUGAUUGCUGUUGUUGCCUUUUAGAAUGUUUUAAGGCUUUGUUAUUAUUAUUGCUCUAUUUAUUAUUCUGUUGUCUUAUUUAUUGAAAGUGCCCACAGUAUUGUAUGGAAGGCAAAGUAGAUAUUUUAGAAGUCAAUAUAUAAAUGUAUAAAAUUGCAUCACUCUCAGUUAAAAACUACUGCCUCUCUCAAGCUUAACAGAGCUUCAGGAUAAAACUCAUUUUUUCUCUGCGUUUCCUUUAUUUUCUCUAGAAACCACCCAGACAGUUGAAGCCAUUGCUGACCAAGCUUCUUUGCCUCCAGGUCUUGCUAAAGAAACUGAAGUGUCAGCCAAGGUACCCAGGAAGGUGAACUUCCCUCAACAGAUGAAAUGAUGGCCAUGCAGAAACCCUUUAAAAAUACUUCUAAAAUGGCACAGGGUCUGUGUAACGUGAACCACCGAUGGCCAUGCAGAAUAGCUCUGUAUUUAAUAAUAAUAGCCAUUUAACAAUAUACCAUUUAUAUCACUGCAUUUAGGUAUCAUGAUAGAAACCAUGACUUUUUGUCGACUUAGAUACACCCUCCUCCCCUUCCUUUCCCCCUCUUUAGGAGCAGCUGCAAAGAGACUGGCCACUUCUGCUUCUGUCUUUGACUGACUGCAGUUUAGCAUUAUGCCCAACCCUAAACCAUGGUUAUUCUUAGCUAUGGGCUUGUGAAGCAAGCCAACUUCUUAAACCAAAUUUUUAAGUAGGUUUGUUAAUAUCUAUUAUGUUUUUUAUGCAAUAACCUGUGCUUAAUAAAUAAAAACCCCAGGUGUGAAUGCUUCUAAAUUUCUCUUUGCAGCUACAGCAUAGGUGGGAGAAGAGAGGGGAGGGAAGCGCCCAAGCCCAAGGCCUGCCUAUUCUGAUUACUGUCACAAUAAACUGUGGAUUAUCAUGACAUUGAAACAUAGCCCUUGGUGUAAUUCUUACAAGAGCCAGGUAAAUUAGGUCAGCAAGGGUGGAUAGUGACUUCCCGAAAGCUUUUUAGCAGGUUCACAGCAGAGUAGUCUUUUAGUCACAAACCACUUCUCAACCAUUAUAUCUUACAGGUUAGCCCUGCUUGAAUAUAUGCUGUGUUGUGGUGUACUCAGACACAGCAGUGGCAUCUUAAAGACAAACCAAUUUAUUUUAGUAUAAGUUUUCAAGGACUACUCUAAUCCAUUAUACCAACUCCAAGUUAUUAGAGGGACCCAGUGGUGGCCCAUCCUGUGAAGUGAAGUGAAACAGAAAUGUGCGUCUGCCCCCCCCCCCGACUGCUGCUACCAAAAUGCCCCCUUUUGCUGAUGCUUAAGCACCCUUCGUGGUGCUUAAUUAUGGGAUUCAAGUGAAUUUAAUGAACUGUGUCUGAUGUAACAAAUGAUUAAAGCCAGUACUUUUAUAUAUUUAGUUCCAUGAGAUAACUUCGAGUAAGGAAUUAUACUUGAAGUUAAUAGGUAUUCUCCUGCAUUAAAACAGUUUUGAAAACCAGACUAAGGGCUCAUCCAGAUGUCUGCUUCUCCCACGAUUUCUAGGCAUGGGUCUCAGAGGUUUUCCCCAGGAAAACCCGUUGUUUACUGCUGAAUCGGAACAAACAUCAAUCCUCAGAAAAACCAAUUGUUUGUUCCAAUUCUACAGUAAGCAGCGGGUUUUCCUGGGGAAAGUGGUGGGACAAAAAAAGGACCUCUGUGACCCAUACCUAGAAAUCAUAGGACAAAUGGAAGUGUGGAUGAGUCCUUCAAGCACAUGUAUGUUUAUUUAGAAGUGAGUCCCACUAAGGUCUCCAGUAAGUGGUAUAGGAUUACACCCAGGCUUUGCUCAGGAAUAAAUCCCACUGAAAUAAGUGAGACUAAUUCUGGGUAAACAUGCUUUUGUUGAGAUUCCUCCACUGCAGUGUGCAUUGUGAAGUCAGCAGCUCAGUUCCUCUGCUGGUUGAUGAUAGAAGCAUUUCACUGUUGCCCAGCAACUUCAGGGCAUGUCCAGGGAGCAAACUGUUUCCUCUCCCUUUCCUCUCCCAGAACCUUGCACCACAGCUGGGUUGGCUGGGACUGAAGUAUGGCAGCAGCAAAACCAACAGCAGUAGUAACCAAGCACUGGGUGCACAAUGCUCCAGCAAGCCUUGACCUUAGACUUCAGACUGUGUGUCCAGUGGAUGGGCCAGUCUUUGUUUCCUUUCUCCCGAUCCCUUCUGGGAGACAGGCAAAAUAUAGGAUGUUGAAUUUUGGAAACUUGUAUGUGAAUCAGCUUCAGUCCAUCCCUCAAUGUGGAUAUCAUGCAUACUCAGAAUGGCUGCCUCCCAUUUCCCCUUACACUCAGGAGUCCAACACAACUGAGCCGCCUGUUCCUUCUGUGGCCCAGAAUUUGGAGAAAGCUGUCAGACCGGGGACACCUGGGACUGAUGUGGCUGAGGAACUCCCAGUGGCAGUGAACCAGCAGCAAGUACUUGCCAGGUCGGUGUGAGGAAUAGACAGACCAUCAAGGGGUGCAAUGUUUGUUGGACUUGCUCAUUUGCUCCGAUCCGGAGAGGCUCCUGUGUGGGCCCUCGAGGCCUGAAGCAGACACUCUUCCAUUUUCCUUCCGUGUUGGGGGAGUGGAGUCCCCGCUUGCACCUUCAUUUCAUUUCAUUUUUAAUGUGUAUGCCCCCUUUCUAUAUCUAUGCACAAGCUGAAGAAAGAACAAAAGAUUAUGCACCUCCUCCAAUACAAAAAAGUCAUAAUAAAAACCUAACUUUAAAAUAAACAACUUACAUCAUAUAAAGUAAUCCAUUAGAAUAUAAUAGUGCACAAUAAAAUUAAAUGUCAGUAAAUAAGAGUGAAUUUCUGUUUAAUUAUUAACAAUUACAAUAAAUAAUUGCUAAACUAUAAUCAAUAAUAAUAACAUCAAGCCACAAUGCAUAAAAUAACACAAUACAUACAAAACCAUGUAAAAGGAUCAAACUGAGAAACAAAGACGCACAACUUAUAAAAUUAAGAAAAGAAAAGCCCUGAACUCCUCUCUUUGCCUCUGCUUCUGCUUGUCUUACAAGUCAUGGUCUGGGAAAGGCUCCUUGGCCUGGGGGGGGGGGCGGGGGGAGGCAAGGCAGGUGGGAAAAGCCAUUGCCUGGUGGCCAACACAGUUUCUCUCCCCACACCUUGACUUGGCAUGCCAAGGCAAUGUCUGUGGAGGAUUCUGUUGUUCAGAAGGUAGAAGGUCUGUGACCUGAAUGGCAACUUCUUCCUCCCUCAUGACAGUGGAUCCUCAGUUGCUCCUCCUUUGUCCCCGCUGGCUUUUCCACCAUGCUUUCCUUCUCAGCCCUUGGCUCAGCUUCUCAGCAACCAGCUGUGGUCCAGAGGAUCUUGUUUCAGCUGCCUCUCCGGCCAGCCUUUGAAGUCUGUCUCCCUGCUGACCCCACUUCCUGCUUCAGUUCCAACAACCUUUGAAUGUGCAGGCUCUGACGGGCAUGAAAAAUUAUUUUCCCUUUUGGAGGUAUUUAUUUUCUUCAGUGCACUAGAACAUUGGUUCUCAAACUCUGUUUUGGGGGUUUUUUGACAGAUUUAUUGAGGUUUCUCAGUCACAAAAUCAGAAAUAGUGGGAAGUUUCCCUAAAACUGCAAAAUAGCCUGCCCAUUAUCACCAGUAUUCUCCUACAAUGUGUUGGACAUAAUAAUAAUAAUAAUAAUAAUAAUAAUAAUAAUAAUAAUAAUAAUUUAUUAUUUCUACCCCACCCAUCUCUAGCCUCUAGUCUCAGUUUAGACUUACACACUAUAGCUUUAUUUUUCCCCCUUUUAAUUUUUCCAUUUUACAAUGUUUCAACAACAAUAAUUAAAUCUAAACAAAUUUAACCUACAUUUAUUUGACUUCCCUCCCCUCCGCCUUGCGGUUCCUUAUUUUAUAUCAUAAUCAUACUGCCUAACCAAUUCAAACCUAUUUACAAAUUUAUCAUUUUUACUCCCGUUAUUUCUUACUGCUCAUGUUAUGUCAAUCCUACUAACAUUUUUAAUUGCUUACAGUUUGUCUUCAUAUAUUCCCACACUAUAGGGAAUAUAAGGCACAUACAAAGCAUUCUUUUCUUCAAAGAAUUCUGGGCACUGUGUUUUUUAAAGGUUGCUGGGAAUUGUAACUCUGUGAGGAGGAAAAUAUAGUGCCCAGAAUUGCUUGAGGGGAAGAAUGUGCUUCAUAUCUGCACAGCCUAAGGGGAGCAGCUGGGAAGCUGAACAGGACUGGCCAGCACCCAACAAUCUUUUGCAAAGUUCCGGGGUUCCAAGUUUCAGGGAUCCUCAGCAGACAAGUUAGUGGCAAAAUGGAGGUGGGAGAGACUGAAUAUAGAAAGUUGGGCAAGGUGUGCUUAGAGCUAAGACAUUGCCUCCGACCCUCUUAGAUUGCAGAUGCUGGAGCAGCAGGUGGUGGGAGGUGAACAGGCCAAGAACAAAGACCUGAAGGAAAAGCAUAAACGGCGAAAGAAAAUUGCGGAUGAGCGGAAGAAGCAGCUGCUGGCAGCUUUGCAGAAAUCAGAUGAGGACAGCAGUGACUGGGUCCUGCUCAACGUCUAUGAUUCCAUCCAGGAAGAAGUGCGAGCCAAAAGCAAAUUGUUGGAGAAGAUGAAGGAAAAGGUGAUUCCUUUCCCCUCUGAAGUCUUGUACAGUGGUGGGUAAGGACAGCUUUCCACACCACAUUUAGAUACUCAAGGGCAUUGUGCAGUAACGGACUUAGGACCAGGUCCUUCUCACCAUGACCUUUAAAGCAGGGCUUCCCAAACUAUGGUGCAUGGACCACCAGUUGUCUACAAGCUUCAUUCAGGUGGUCUGUGCCUUGUCCAUGUUCAGUAGUCAUUGAUUUUAAUGGUAUAUUUAUUGUUUCUUUAAGUUCUUACCAGUGCCAGAUUAAACCCUGUGGAGGCCCCUAGGCAGCUGAAAUCUUGCAGAUGGUGGGCUCGGUUUCUGACUCAAUGCAGGUUUCUUUUCCAAAUUCAAAUUCUUUCAAGAUCAAAUCAAUAUAAUUUUGAUCCGUUGUUGUGGGAUCCCUAAAAGGCGUGGACCCCUAGGCCAGUGCCAACUCUGCCUAUUUGGUAAUCCAGCAAUGCUGCUUACAUUGUAUUGUUUUACAACUUAAAUUCCAUAAAAUUCAAAAAGCAUACAGCAUCUCACACAGCGCAUUGCAAUUGUUGUAACAGACAGAAAAAUGAUUAAGUUGUCCACCAAGACCUUCAGCAAUUUUCUAGCUUGAGAAGCAUUGCUUUAAAGCGUUGCUUUUCAUACUAAUAUAAGUAGUGUUAGUAGUAUCACCCCCAUUUUAUUUUGUAUCUACAUUUAGUUUGAUUUUUUAAGAGGAGAAAGGGUGGUGGGGAGAGAGGAGAAAACCAGAGAGGCCUUAUGGAAAUGAGGGCAGAGCUCCUUUACCAGAAAUAGUUGUAUAGAAAAGGGAAUUUGCAACAGGUUUAGCUUCAAGUUUAAAGGAGCCAAGACUACCUCCAUAUUUGACCCAGUGGUAUGUCCCUUGCAUGGAGAAGAUGGAGAAUGGACAGAAAGAAGGCGGAACUGCUCAGCAUCUACCAUAUUUUUCACUCUAUAGGACGCACUUUCCCCCCUCCAAAAAUGAAGGGGAAAUGUGUGUGCGUCCUAUGGAGCGAAUGCAGGCUCCUUGGCUUCGCGGCGACGCGCCUGUCCUGGAAGCUCUCCUCCUGUGAAGGAGAGGCGCUGCGCAGAGAGAGAGAGAAGGCGCAGCGCCCCUUGAGCAACGCGCCUAUCAAGCGAAGCCGGAGGAGGAACAGAAGGGUCUCCUGUUCCUCCUCCCGCUUCGCAGCGACGCACCUGUCCAGCGAAGCCCGAGGAGGAACAGAGGGGUCUUCUUCUGUUCCUUCUCCAGCUUCGCUGAAGGGCGCUGCGCCUUCUCCUUCUCUGUGCAGCACCUCUCCUGUGAAGGAGGGGCGCUGCGCAGAGAGAGAGAAGGCGCAGUGCCCCUUCAGCGACGCCUCUGUCCUGGCUUCUGCUUUAGCCCUGCGCAGCCUCUUUGGGCAGGGGGAGCCUUCAUCCCGCUGCCCUGAAGAGGCUUGGCGCGGUUACCCCAGAAGCCAGAACAGCCACACGGUAUCCCAGAAGCCAGAUCCCUCUUGCUGUUCUGGCUUCUGGGGUUCAGAAUAAUUUUUUCUUGUUUUCCGCCUCCCAAAACUAGGUGCGCCCUAUGGUCCGGUGCGCCCUAUGGUGCGAAAAAUACGGUACUUUGCCUCUGUCUUCACCAAAAAGGAAAGCAAUGUUCAACCUGUGAGAAGGAUCUCAGGGUCUUGGUAGACCACAAGCUUAAAAUGAGUUAACACUGUGUAUAUAUACUAAUACUGUUUUAGACUGUAUCAACAGAAGUGCCCUACCUGGACUCUGAGAUCAUCACCUGAGGCCCUUCUUCAUGUGCCUCCUCCAUGAGAGUUUCGGUAAGAAUGUUCCUUUUCUGCAGUGGCUCCCCAUUUGUGGAAUGCUCUCCGUAAGGAGGUUUGGUUGCCACCUUCAUUAUACACCUUUACGCACAGGCAAAAACAUUCCUCUUCAACUAGCGCUUUGGCUAAUUAAUAUCCCAUAGCCCUUUAAAUGUGUUGUAGGAGUGGGGGGGCGGGGAUUAUUGGCUUAGUUCUUGUCUUUAUUAUGUAUUUUGUGUUUUUUAUCUUGCAUUUUUUGUUGUGAACCUUCCUGAGAUCUACAGAUGAAGGGUGACAUAAUAAUAAUAAUAAUAAUAAUAAUAAUAAUAAUAAUGUAUAGUGUUCUAGUCAAGGGAAGUAGGGCACUUCUGUUGAUAAAAUACCGUAUUUUUUGCUCUAUAAGACUCACUUUUUCCCUCCUAAAAAGUAAGGGGAAAUGUGUGUGCGUCUUAUGGAGCGAAUGCAGGCUGUGCAGCUAUCCCAGAAGCCAGAACAGCAAGAGGGAUUGCUGCUUUCACUGCACAGCGAUCCCUCUUGCUGUUCUGGCUUCUGAGAUUCAGAAUUUCCCCCCCUUUUUUUCCUCCUCCAAAAACUAGGUUCUUCUUGUGGUCUGGUGAGUCUUAUAGAACGAAAAAUACGGUAGUAUCAGUAUACAUCACAGUGUUAACUGUACACUGUGCACUUAUACACCUUUAUGCGCCAAGGGAAGUAAAAGUCCCACUCUAUUUUGCCUUGGUCAGACCCCACCUAGAAUACUGUGUCCAGUUCUGCAUGUCACAAUUUAAGAAAGACGUUGACAAGCUGAAACGUGUGCAGAGAAGGGCAACCAAGUUGAUCAAGGGCCUGGAAACCAAGCCUUAUGAGGAAUGGCUGAGGGACUUGGGGAUAUUUAGCCUGAAGAAGAGGAGUCUCAGAGGAGAGAUGAUAGCUAUCUUCCAUUAUCUAAAGGGCUGUCACAUGGAAGAUGGAACAAGCUUGUUUUCUCCUGCUCUGGAGGGUAGGACCCAAACCAAUGGCUUCAAGUUACAAAAAAGGAGAUUCCAACUAAACACCAGGAAGAACUUUCUGACAGUAAGAGCUGUUUGACAGUGGAAGAGUCUCCCUUGGGAGGUCAUAGAAUCAUAGAGUUGGAAGAGACCACAAGGGCCAUCGAGUCCAACCCCCUGCCAAGCAGGAAACACCAUCAGAGCACUCCUGACAUAUGGUUGUCAAGCCUCUGCUUAAAGACCUCCAAAGAAGGAGACUCCACCACACUCCUUGGCAGCAAAUUCCACUGUCGAACAGCUCUUACUGUCAGGAAGUUCUUCCUAAUGUUGAGGUGGAAUCUUCUUUCUUGUAGUUUGGAUCCAUUGCUCUGUGUCCGCUUCUCUGGAGCAGCAGAAAACAACCUUUCUCCCUCCUCUAUGUGACAUCCUUUUAUAUAUUUCAACAUGGCUAUCAUAUCACCCCUUAACCUCCUCUUCUCCAGGCUAAACAUGCCCAGCUCCCUUAGCCGUUCCUCAUAAGGCAUCGUUUCCAGGCCUUUGACCAUUUUGGUUGACCUCCUCUGGACACGUUCCAGUUUGUCAGUGUCCUUCUUGAACUGUGGUGCCCAGAACUGGACACAGUACUCCAGGUGAGGUCUGACCAGGGCAGAAUACAGUGGCACUAUUACUUCCCUUGAUCUAGAUGCUAUACUCCUAUUGAUGCAGCCCAGAAUUGCAUUGGCUUUUUAGCUGCCGCGUCACACUGUUGGCUCAUGUCAAGUUUGUGGUCAACCAAGACUCCUAGAUCCUUUUCACAUGUACUGCUCUCAAGCCAGGUGUCACCCAUCUUGCAUUUGUGCCUCUCAUUUAUUUUGCCCAAGUGCAAUACUUUACAUUUCUCCCUGUUAAAAUUCAUCUUGUUUGUUUUGGCCCAGUUCUCUAAUCUGUCAAGGUCGUUUUGAAGUGUGAUCCUGUCCUCUGGGGUGUUAGCUACCCCUCCCAGUUUGGUGUCAUCUGCAAAUUUGAUCAGGAUGCCCUUGAGUCUAUCAUCCAAGUCGUUGAUAAAGAUGUUGAAUAAGACCGGGCCCAAGACAGAACCCUGUGGCACCCCACUAGUCACUCUUCUCCAGGAUGAAGAGGAACCAUUGAUGAGCACCCUUUGGGUUCGGUCAGUCAGCCAGUUACAAAUCCACUGAGUGGUAGCAUAGUCAAGACCGCAUUCUACCAGCUUCUUUACAAGAAUAUCAUGGGGCACCUUGUCAAAUGCCUUGCUGAAAUCAAGGUAGGCUACAUCCACUGCGUUCCCUUCAUCUACCAGGCUUGUAAUUCUGUCAAAAACGAGAUCAGGUUAGUCUGACAUGACUUAUUUUUCAGAAAUCCAUGCUGACUAUUGGUGAUCACAGCAUUCCUUUCUAGGUGCUCACAGACUGUUUGCUUAAUGAUCUGCUCCAGAAUCUUCCCUGGUAUUGAUGUCAGACUGAGUGGGCGGUAAUUAUUUGGGUCCUCUCUUUUCCCCUUUUUGAAAAUAGGGACAACAUUUGCCCUCCUCCAGUCUGCCGGGACUUUGCCUGUUCUCCAGGAAUUCUCAAAGAUGACUGCCAGUGGUUCUGAGAUCACAUCUGCCAGUUCUUUUAAUACUCUUGGAUGCAGUUCAUCUGGCCCUGGAGACUUGAAUACAUCUAAACUAGCCAAGUAUUCUUGUACUAUGUCCUUAGUUAUUCUGGGCUGUGUUUCCUUUGCUGAAUCAUUUGCUCCAAAUUCUUCAGGUCGGGCAUUGUUUUCUUUAUCGGAGAAGACUGAGGCAAAGAAGGCAUUGAGGAGUUCAGCCCUUUCUGUGUCCCCUGUUUGCAUUUCACCAUCUUCUCCUCUGAGUGACCCCACUGUUUCUUUGUUCUUCCUUUUGCUACGAACAUACCCAUAAAAGUCUUUUUUGUUGCUUUUAACCUCUCUAGCAAGCCUGAGUUCAUUCUUUGCUUUAGCUUUUCUGACUUUGUGUCUACACGUGCUGGCUAUUUGUUUGAAUUCCUCUUUGGUGGUUUCCCCCCUUUUCCAUUUUUUGUACACAUCCUUUUUUAAUCUUAACUCAGUUAAAAGUUCUUUAGAUAGCCACCCUGGCUUUUUUAGGCACCUUCCAUGUUUCCGUCUCAUUGGUAUUGCCUGAAGUUGUGCUUUUAUUAUCUCCCUCUUAACAAACUCCCAGCCAUCAUGAAUUCCCUUUCCUUUUAGUAUUACUGUCCAUGGGAUCUCACCCAGCACUUCCCUAAGUUUUAUGAAGUCGGCUUUCUUAAAGUCAAGAAAUUGAGUCCUAGUAUGCUUGGCUGCUCCUUUCCGCUGUAUAGUAAACUUCAGAAGAGCAUGAUCCUUCCACUUCUACCCCACUAACCAGGUCAUCAACAUUGGUUAGGACCAGAUCUAAAAUGGCUGUUCCUCUUGUUGCUUCUCCCACUUUCUGGACAAUGAAGUUGUCUGCAAGGCCAGUGAGGAAUCUGUUUGACCUUAUGCUCUUGGCUGAGUUUGACAUCCAACAAAUAUCCGGGUAAUUGAAGUCCCCCAUUACUACUAUCUCCCUUCCUUUUGCAUGCUUGGCCAUCUGUUCCAGGAAGGCAUCUUCUAUGUCCUAUAUUGGCUUGGGGAUCUAUAGUAAACUCCCACAAUGAGGUCACUGUUAUUCUUCUCUCCCUUAAUUUUGACCCAAAUGCUCUCACUUUGGCUUUGAGGUUCUAAAUCUUGGAUCUCUUCACAGGUAUACACAUCCCUGACAUAUAACGCCACACCUCCUCCUUUCUUGUCUGGUCUGUUUCUCUGAAAUAGAUUGUAUCCCUCCAUUAUUACAUUCCAAUCGUGGGACUUAUCCCACCAGGUUUCAGUGAUGCCUAUUAUGUCAUAUUUGGUUUGCUGUACCAAGAGCUCAAGCUCAUCUUGUUUAUUUCCCAUGCUUUGCGCAUUAGUGUACAGACAUUGAAGUCCAUUAAUCAUUCCCCCGUGUCUCUUAUUUAAGGAUUUUUUCCUCCAGCCAAUAGGACUGCGUGCUGUUUGCUCCAUUUGGUCUAUGACAUUUGGAUGAUCAUCUUCAUCAAUUUUUUUUUUUUAAAUGAUAUUUAUUGAAAAUUUUUAGAAUUACAAAAGAGAACAAAGCAGAAAAAGAGAAAGAAAAAACAAAGAAAAAACAAACCGCAUCAAACAAUACAAAUUCAAAAAACAAAAAUACACCACAAACACUCAAAAACAAAUCCAUCAUUCUCAAAUCCUCAACUGUCAUUACCUUUUUUCUUUGACCUCCUCCUCCUCCCUUAUUUUGUAUCCUAGUUGUUAAUUGUCGCAGCAAAUCCUUUCCAUAUUUCAUAAUAUUCUGUCAUUACAUUACCUUAAUCUAUUUUAAUCUUAUCUUACUAUAAAGAACCUUAAAGCUUAAAACUUAAAUCUUAUUUUUACCAACUUCUCAUAACCAUAAUAUUCUUACAUAAUUCUUUAAACAUUUUUGCUAAAGCCAAGUAAUUUCGUUCCAACAUUUUUCUAACAUUCAUCAAUUUUAUAAAACAAUCCUAGUAGUAAAAAAAAGAAAUAAAGACAAUCCAAUCUUCAUCCAGCGUCCCUUCCUCCUGGUCCCGGGUUUUAUCAGUCCUUAUUAUGCCAGGAAGGCAUCAUCUAUGUCCUCCGUUUGGCUUGGGUAUCUAUAGUAAACUCCCACAAUGAGGUCACUGUUAUUCUUCUCUCCCUUUAUUUUGACCCAAAUGCUCUCACUUUGGCUUUGAGGUUCUAAAUCUUGGAUCUCUUCACAGGUAUACACAUCCCUGACAUAUAACGCCACUCCUCCUCCUUUCUUGUCUGGUCUGUUUCUCUGAAAUAGAUUGUAUCCCCCCAUUAUUACAUUCCAAUCGUGGGACUUAUCCCACCAGGUUUCAGUGAUGCCUAUUAUGUCAUAUUUAGUUUGCUGUACCAAGAGCUCAAGCUCAUCUUGUGGUGGUGGACUCUCCUUCCUUGGAGGUUUUUAAGUAGAGGUUGGAUGGCCAUCUGUCACGGAAACGGCAUUUCCAUCUGGCUUCCAUCACGCCAGAAGCGGUUUAUGCUGACCACAUGACCCAGAAAGCUGUCUGUAGACAAACGCCGGCUCCCUCGGCCUGACAGCGAGAUGAGCUUUAUGACUGAUAUUGUUGAUUCUUUGUCGUAUUUCUUUUUGUUGUUUUCACUUUUUGUUUUGUUAACAAUAAAUAAAAAGUUGUUUUUUUUAAAAAAAAAGUUCUGUAGUUAUAUUAUGAUUUUCAACUGAGCUAGUUCCGUGCCCAUCAUCAAGUGCAAGCUCCUCAGGUGAUGCUCAUGCAGGUGUGAGCCAGCCCUAUGAUAGGCUCAGGUAAGGACUCGUGAGCUUGUGUACUCUGGAUCCCAACAUUUUACUUAGUUCUUAUUCCCAUAACUGGCUACUUUCUUCCCAGCUGAGGGUUGCUGAGACUGAAAUCAAAGACCUUCAGUCUGAAUUUGAAAUGGAGAAGAUUGAUUAUUUGGCCACCAUCCGCCGUCAAGAGCGGGAGCUCCUCCUUUAUCAACAGCUACUGGACCAGGUGCAACCCCUCAUACGGCGGGACUGUAAUUACAGCAACUUUGAUAAAAUCAAACGGGAGUCCACGUGGGAUGAAGAAUCAGGCUGCUGGAAAAUCCCAGAGCCUGUCACUCAAAAGACCAGUCUCCCUGCAGGUAAGAAGAACAACUCGGAAUUACCAUGUUACAUUGCUCUGGUUGCCCAUUCAUACAAAAUGGAGCAAAAAUGGUCUCCCAGGAUUUUCAUGCGGGUUUCACUCACUUCUUAAGGACUUCUUGGGUAUCUUAUUUCCUUCACGGUCACUCUGGGACUAUUUAAAAUACUUUUCACAUCUCACCUUCAUGCACAGUGAAAUCGGGAACAGGCUUCAGGCUCAUGGACUUGGAGCUAAGCAAGAUGUGUUGGGUGUGUGUGUGGAUCUCCUUACUGCCUUCAAAAUGGAGUUCUCAGAGUAGGGGAGCAAAAUGUGACCCCUUCCACCACUACGCUUUGUUCCUUUAAGAGUUUUUCUCUCUGCCCAGCUCAGUUCUGGUAUGGAAACCAGCUGGAGAGAGAACAACUUAAGAACUGCAGAAUGCAGUGAGGUGUUGCUUCUCCAGCUGAAAAACUCCACACGUGCCUACUCAGAAUUAAGCCUCAUUCUUUUGCUCACAGGUAAGUGUGUACAUGACUGCAGCUAUAUAUCAGAAAAUCCCUAUUGGUGCUAAUGGAGAUUUCCUCCCAAUGCAAAUAGCAGCUUCAAAUGAAGGAUUUUCCUCAGGAGUCCUGGAGAGUCCUGCCUGCCUGCUGUGAUCCCAAUAAUCACACCCACCCACAAUUAAUGUUUGCAUUUUUUCAAAAAUGAUGCCUUAAAGGCUCCUUGCUGUCCAGGGCUCCUUUGGGAGAAAGGGUGGAUGAUGAUGAUGAUGAUCAAUAGAGGGUUUGUGAGAAAGAGACUAAACUGCUCAAGCCUCAGGUCAAAAUAUGAGUCCUGACCAACCAAUCGACAUUUGCCCUCUGAUUGGCUUCCACCAAUUAAGCAACAGCAACUGUUGUUGACUAAUGAACGGAUGGACUUUAUUGCAUCCCCGCUUUAAAAACGUUUAGAAAGCAAGCUGUUAAAUAGACCUUGGUAAGUCUAUACACAUAUUGGAUCCUGGCCCCAGCUGACAUGAAACUAGCAGAGAAAUGAGCCACCACUGAGGCUGAGAGCCACCAUUACUCUUCUUUUCCAUAGCAGUUUCAUCGUUGUCACAGACCAAAGCAGGCAGGAAGAGCUCAUCAUCGGAGAAUGGGGAUGCAGCAGCAAUGGUAAGCUAAGGAAGGGUACUUGGGCAAUACUGAGAAUGUUACACAAUGUACACAUAAUAAAUGAUCCAGCGUGCUUCACUGGCAUGACAGCUGGGAGUCUGCGCUGAAGGUAAAACUUCAGGGGAUUCUGUUGAUCUCCAAGCUGGUUCACACAUUGCCUUCAUAAUGAGGGGAAAGAGUGAAACUAACGCCCUACUGCUUGGUCACUGGAGGAAGAUAUUAGGGGUGGGGGCUUGAGUGCAGGCAGGGUUUAGCUCCUGCCUUCUUCCAGCAGCCAAGGCAAAGGUGCAGCAGCAGCAGCAGCAGCAAGGAAUUGGCCCUAUCUCCUGCAUUCUUUAAUUUAGAGUACAAUAUAUAAAUCAGUCCCCAAGUCAGUGUGGAAAGCUCAGACCGACCAACUGGGAGCAAUCGUGGUCAUGGUGAAGCAAGACCCUCUUGCGGUGUUAAUGCUGUGAACUCCUCCAUUGUAGGCUCAGGUUGUAGAUAUGUGUAAACAGGACACCACAGUCUGUGCUGCACCUCAUUCCAAAAGAAACACAAACUCUGGGUAAACUCCUUGAAUCCCUGGAAUCUCACACUGCGCAGAGUGGGGUGGCAUGCAACAAUAUUUUCUGAUUUUUCAUGUUUAACCAGAGUGCAUACAUUCCACAGUGCUGUUACUCCCCCAGAAAUUAAAUGAGAAGUUAAGCUCUUCUACACACAGUGGCUUUUCAUAGGAUACAUUAAGUAAGCUCUCAACCCUCUCAUUUAUACCCCAUGGAUAACUUGGUCUGGAUUAGAUUAUUUUUUCCAUGGCUUUGUAACCUAGUUUUUGGACACCAGUGUGGAAACUAGACAGAGAAGUAAGUGUAGUUCAGCAGGUUAAAAGUGGGGCUGACAUGUCAGGUUUCAGCCUCAGUUUCCCUCAUGCGUAAAAUGUGAACAGUAGUGACCUCUUUAGGUUAAAUGAUGACAAACUGGUGACUGCUUGGUUAUGUUCCCUGCAGGAAGAAGACCGCUAUAAAGUGAUGCUGAGCAAGAGUGAUAGUGAGAAUAUUGCCAGUAACUAUUUUCGCUCAAAACGAGCAAGCCAGAUUCUCAGUGCUGACCCCAUGAAGAGUCUAGGUAAACCCCUUCAUGUGUUCUUUCCUUUUUUUUCAAAAGGUUUGCCUGACUUCUACAUAAUACCCAACAUUUGUACAGUACUCUUAAGGUGUCCAAAAGGUUUCCGAAACAUUAUUUCAGUAUUCCUUACAACAGAGGCAGGAACACUCCCACUUGUGGGAGGAUCUUGGCUCACCAGGGGGUCCGGUUAUGCCUGCACCAGAACCACCUGUCAACACAAGACUGCAAGGGCAGAGUUCAGUUCUGCCUUGGCUGCAACUGCCUAUUCCCAACAGGGAACAUGAGCUUGCAAGCCAAAACGUAAUUUCUUCCCCUCCUCCUCAUCAAGUGACAGGGAAGGGAGAAAGAAAGGUGCCUUUUGCAAGCAUUGGCAGUGGGCAGGAGGAGUCCCAGCUGCUGCUUUCCCUCUCUACCAGACUUCUAAAGUUCAAGGUUGUAGCAGCUGAGCAGGCAAACCUUUGGAAGGAUUAGCCCUGUGCACUAGAGUGUCCAUGCAGUUCAGGUCCCCCAGGGCUGCAAAAUACUUUGCAGCAGCACACAAUCAGCAGACUCCUUUCUCAGUAGCCUUUGCCCCCCCCCCCUCUCUACCCUCUACUUCCUUUUUAUGUGGAUAAUGUUGAGAGCCUGCUCUGCAAAUGCCCACUGUAAAAAAAGGGAGCACCUUCAAAAUGCUAAAAUCUCAGUCUCUCUCUUCCCCCCCCCCUCCUGUUGAUGGAAUCUUCUGCUCUUGCUAAAAGGGAUUUUCCCUCUCCAAUUCAGUAGCACCUUGCAGAUGGCAUUGCUGUGGUGCCAUGUAAUUGACAGGCUGUGCCCACUUGUCAUAUUUGGCCCAUGAGACCAGUCAUGAUAAGGAUCUGGCCAAAGAGGUUUCUCCCCAUCCCUGCUCUACAACAACCCAGGAUGAUGGGCCAGGAAGUAUUAUUAUCUCUGUUUUGCAAAUGACGAGCUGCGUUGGAGGGACUGACGCACCUACCAGUAAGUCCAUGACAAUCCUCACUUCCAAACAACUUGUUUAUUGAGCAUUCAUCCUGAUCUUUGCAAAGAGGUUGCAAAGAGAUGACCUUGCAUCAAGUAAUUGCUGUUUCCCCAUCACUUUCCUUAUUGUUAUAAUCUGAUUUUGCAGUAGUUCUGUUGUGCAAAAGCACCAAAUUGGCAUUAGUUUCAAUGUGAAUUUGGCAUCAUGUGAUUGAAUCCCACCCAAACAACAGUCUGUAAGGGCCCAGUGACAAGACUGAAACUAGGGACUUACUGCUUAAUAGUUUCCUGGAUGGCACUGUACUACACAAGGUCAGGCCUUAUGCUGCAGUCCUACAGUCAUUUAACUGAAGUUAAUAGGACUUGCUUCUGAGUAAACAUGGUUAGGACUGUGGUGUUAGUAUGUCACUGUACCUAUUCCAUAUCAUCAACAUCCUCUGUUAUUAUACAAGUAUCUAAUAUGCACACGUACACAAUAGGCAAUGUACAGGGUUUUGUUUUUUUAAAGCAUGUCUCAAAAUCUUUAAAAAGCAUAGCCUCAAAAUCUUCCUAUAUACAUAACAAUGUAAAGCUAUUGAUGAUGUAGUUCAUGUGGCUGUCAGGAGGUGAGGGCAGGUGGACUGGGCGAUCUGUUUAACCUAUUUGCCAAACCGCUCUGUGAAGCACCUUCCCCCAUCCAUUAAACAUGGCUGCAGCGAGGUUUAAUGGAGGGGAAGAGGAGGUGUGUCAGAAAACCACCCUCUGAAGGGGGUUCAGGUGAGCUGUGAGAAGGAGGGGAUGGGCAAGGGGGUGAGGUGAAGAGAGGGAAGUUGCAGGAUUGGCAAAUGGUUUGGUGAGUGGAGCAAGGUGGGACUGCAGCCCCGAGUAUUAAGAAAUAUUUAUGCUAAGUGAUGUAUAGGUUUCUCCAGGGAGAUGUAGUGUUUCAUGUUGAAAUUAGACCAAGUAUCUCAAUGUUCUCUCUCUCUCUCUCUCUCUCUCUCUCUCUCUCUCUCUCUGUGUGUGUGUGUGUGUGUAUUUUUGUCUUUUGCAGCUUCCCAUAAUUCUCCCCCUUUGCUGAACAACAAUACCUCCAUCCUGACUUCCAGCCUGGCACCUAUUCCCCCUGCCCAAACGGUGGAGAUGCCCCAGCCACGUCCCUUUCGUCUCGAAUCUCUGGAUUUCUCCUCUCCGUCAGCCAAGACAAAGCGCAAGAAAAGCCGGAACAACUUGAGUGGUGGCGACCCUCUCUGACUGCUGUGGUUGUUGGUCUGCUUGCCAGGCUAGUCAACAUCUGGACACCCUUCCUUGACCCCCAUUUUGGGGACCAUAGCUGCUUUUCAAAGGGAUCCAUGGCUUUUCUUUCCCUUUUGGGGAGAGUGAAAGCAAUUAAAUGCUGCUUCCCAUAGACUAUAGUGUGGUCAGCCCUCCAUGUUCAAGGUGGGACUGAUACCUCUCUCACAGUUGCCUAUUCCUUUGCCAUUUUGUAGUGACCUUGCCUUUCAGUCUGCUCUCCCUCUCCCAGUCAUUGAACUGCACGGCAGCAGGAAGCGAACUCAAACCCAGAACAGAUGGAUUAAGAAUUCUUGGUGGUGGACCUUAAGAUUAUCCAAGUGUUGCCUUUUGCCUCCCUAAUUUGUUGUAGGAAAGGACGCUAGUGGGCAUAAUCUGGCAGAAAAUCCCAAAGCCCAUUUAAUAGCCGGUAACAUCACUGCCCUGCCUGUUUAGCUCAGUUUAGAUCCUGACUCUGCUCUCAUUUUGGAUUUUGAGGGAUUCUGAAGCAGACAGACAAGAGGAGAAGGGAGAUCCAUUCUACACUCAAGAGCAGAAUAGUGGCUGAAGGGGGCUGAAUUUUGAGUAGUUGAGAAGAAUCGUGCUCAAAGCAGAACCUGCGCAGUUUAAAUUUAUGCUGUGCUGUGCUGGGUGGGAAAUGCCUUCUGGGAGCUGCCCGCCUGUCAAGCAGCGUUCAAGGGGAGCUGAGAGGGCUGAGUAAGGCUGGGAAGCUCCACUGUCAAUCUAGGCAGGGGGUCAGAGAAAGGGUGGGUAUGUCUGCUCAGCUCACGAUGCCUGGGCUUCCCCAGAAGCUGGACUCCAGAAGCUUCUCUCCUGCUCUUCACUCAGCAGCCCAGCAUUUCAUUGCAGCUCAGUUGCAUCCACAUAUAGGGUGUUGGAGGGGAGGAUUGCGGGGGGGGGGGGGGCAAAGAGACAGAUUUCCCAGAUCAUUUCUCUUCUGCUCAGAAGGCACAGUAUGGUUUUUCUACACCCCAUUGUUCUUGGGGACAUCAUUAAAUUAAUUAAUGUCACCUUCCAAAGCUCUUCAGUUUUACAUUUUUAGCUAGAGCAAUUUCUUGUCACUUCUGCAGCCUGAGAUGACCUCAGUCCAGCAGGCACUUCCCUCCUCCUUCACCAUAGCAAGAGAAUACACUCUUACAACAGUUUCACUGCCACGCCUUAGCCACUGCUUUCUUCAAGCCCAUUUCAAGAUGCAUGCCUCACCACAAAACGUGGGCUUUUGGUACUGCACAAUAAUUCACCAGCUUUGUGCACUAGAUGAGAACAGUUGAAAACAGGAGUGGGAGUAAGAGUAGCACAUUCAUGUGGGAGUCAGAUGUUAAUUUAAGGUACUGCUCUCUGUCCAUGUGUUAGUUGAUUUCUUUGUUUUCACCUUUUAUGUGAGCACAAUAAACUGCCUGUUAAUGAAACUUUA